GUCAAGCAGCACACUUGUAACUUGGUGUGCCAUACUAAAGAGUCCAUCCUCAUGGAAACUAUGAAUCAGGAUGCUAUGAACAAGAUAUCGCGCUUGGAGUCUGCAUCCCGCACCCAGCGCACCAUCACCACUGAGGAGACUACUAUGCAGGCACCCGUCUUUACCUCACCCAUUAAGGACCAAAAACUCAUUGAAAAUGCUCCAUUACACUUUGAAGCUCGCCUGAUUCCAGUAGGUGACCCCGAUCUCAAGGUGGAGUGGUUCAAGAACAAUAUUCCCAUCCAGCAGGCCAACCGCAUUUCUACUAUGCAUGACUUCGGCUACGUCGCUCUGGAUAUGAAAUAUGUCAACCCUGAAGAUUCUGGUACCUACACUUGCCGUGCCACCAACCGCUUGGGCCAGGCUGUUACCUCUGCUACACUUAUGGUAUCUUCCAAGGAAGCUCUCUUGCUGGAAUCUCAGCACAGCGAAGCUUUGGAGAAGUUGCGCUACUUGGAAGAUUCCUCCCGCUACACAAAGUCUUCCACUGAGGAGACCGUCAUCACCCAGGCACCGAGGUUCGUGGUAAAGCUGUCUGGUCUUACACAACUAUGGGAGGGUCAGAGUGCCCACGUCGAGUGCCGCCUGGAGCCAUAUCCAGACCCAAGUAUGAAGGUGGAGUGGUUCCACAAUGGAAAGUCCCUACAAGUUGGCCACAGGUUCAGAACCAUGUACGACUUUGGAUUCUGCGCUAUGGACAUUUUACAAGCAGUGGCUGAAGAUUCUGGUACAUAUGAGGUCAGGGCUACCAACCGCAUCGGCACUGCCACCUCCUCCAUCAAUUUAGAAGUUAAACCCAAGAGCGACUUUAUUAUUGAAACCCAACACCCAGAAGCCAUGGCCCAGAUCACCCGUCUUGAGCAAAAGGCACCUAGCAAGCGUCCAGAAGAUGCUCAGGUGAUCGAAAAACCCCACUUCGGGCGUUCUUUGAGGAACCAAGAACAUUUGAUGGAGGGUCAAGCAGUCCACAUGGAGGCUACGCUCACUCCUGUCAACGACCCCACCAUGAAAGUCGAGUGGUUCUUCAAUGGCCAGCCAAUUCCAUCAGGUCAUAGGUUCCGCACCACUUACGACUUCGGUUUUGUGGCACUGGAUAUUCUGUAUGCCUACCCAGAAGACUCUGGUACAUACAUGUGCAAAGCGACCAACGCAGUGGGCCAGGCUGUCACCUCCUGCAGCAUCGGGGUGGAGGGUACAGUUAGCAUGCAGACCGAGACUCUGGAUGAGCAGCGACUCAGGAAGAUUCGCCAGCUGGAAUCCAUGGGCCAGCGCCCUGAAGAAGCCAAGGAACAGGUCUUCCAGAAGCCUGUGUUCACUACCCCGCUAACUAGCCUGGACAACCUAGUGGAGGGCGAGCGAUGCCACCUGGAGUGCCGCCUCGAGCCUGUCAACGACCCCAACCUUAAGGUGGAGUGGUUCGUCAACGGCGUCGAAAUCAAGGCCGGACAUCGAUUCCGUACUACACACGACUUCGGGUAUGUGGCACUGGACAUCCUCUACACUUACGCUGAGGACUCCGGCACUUACCUCUGCAAGGCCACCAACAAAAUGGGAGAAGCCGUCAACUCCUGCAACGUCAAAGUCUCAGCACGGCGCUCCAUCUACAUGGACACACAGCAUCCUACUGGCUGGGAGAAGAUUCAGAGCCUAGAGCAGCGUGGUCACUACGAACGUAUUGAGGUUGCUGAAGCUCCUAUGCAUCCCCCCAGGUUUACCUCAGAGCUCAGAGGCAACACCCUGCUGUCAGAGGGACAGCAUGUUCACUUGGAAGGCCGUAUCGAGCCUGUUCAUGACCCAAGCAUGCGUGUGGAGUGGUAUCACGAUGGUAAGGCCUUGCAGUCCGCUGCACGCUUCCACACCACGUUCGACUUCGGCUACGUGGCUUUGGAUAUUACUACCGUAUACCCUGAAGACUCUGGCGAUUACACCUGUCGUGCCUUCAACCACAUGGGCGAGGCCACCUCCUCCAUUUCCUUCAAGGUGGAGGGCAAGGAAGGCGUGAUCUACGAGUCCGCUCGCCCUGAGGGUCUAGAGAAGAUUCGUCAACUGGAAGACUCGACCCGUCUGACACGACAAGUAUCUGAAGAUACACGCACCUUCCAACGUCCUGUCUUCACGCAACCUCUGCAGAACUUGGACAGCCUUUCUGAGGGCGAGACUGCUCACUUCGAGUGUCGACUUAUUCCCGUCGGUGAUCCUAAACUCAAGGUGGAAUGGUUCAGGAAUGAAAAACCCAUUGAAACCAGUUCCCGUAUCAAUCGCACCCACGACUUCGGGUAUGUGGCCUUGGACAUCAACGGCGUGCGUCCUGACGAUGAGGGCAUCUACAUGUGUCGUGCCUAUAACGAUCUGGGUGAGGCAGUCACCACUGCCUCUAUCAAAAUCAAGUCACACGCUACCAUCCAGCUAGACACUCAGCAUCCAGAGGGCAUGCGCAAGAUCCAGGCUCUGGAAGAGCGCAAACCAGAUGCACGCGGCGUUGAGGCAGAAAAAGUGUAUGACAAGCCUGUGUUUACAACUGCUUUGACCGGGCCAUCCCAAAUCAUGGAAGGACAGAAUGCUCACUAUGAAUGCCGUGUUGUUCCCGUUGGAGAUCCCAACAUGAGGUACGAAUGGUACUGCAACGGCGUCGAACUCAAGAUGGGUUCGAGGUUUACAACUACCCACGACUUCGGUUUCGUGACGUUGGACAUUCUCAAGUGUGUACCAGAGGACUCAGGCGUGUACAUGUGUAAAGCCUUCAACAAAGCCGGUGAAGCUGUGAGCUCCUGCACCACCAGGGUUGUUGCCAAGGACAGUAUCCUGGGUGAUGCUCUUCAUCCAGGCUGGGAAACCAUCCGUCUGCGUGAAACUCAGUGGAACCGUGUACCUGAAACUCCCACUUCCCCUGAGCAUCUGGAGCCACCUAUGUUUACUAAGCACCUAGAGAGUCACGAGCGUCUCCAGGAGGCGGGCAACGUACGCCUCGAGGCCCAAGUACAACCCGCUAAUGACCCCAACCUCAGCAUUGAGUGGUUCAAGAACGGCAUUCAACUGGCCACCGGCACACGUGUUCGCAGCACUUUCGACUUCGGUCACGUGACUCUAGAGAUCUCUGGCCUCCGUGAGAACGACUCUGGUAUUUACACCUGUAAGGCUGUCAACCGAGUGGGUGAAGCCGUCUCUACCUGCAACAUCAAGGUCUUCGAUCGUGACUGGCUCAUUGGUGAGUCAGUGCAUCCUGAAGCUCUAUCAAAGAUUGCUCAGUUGGAAAAACCACCAGAGGGUCCUGGCUCCCCCGAGGAACCUACCUUCGACGUGCCUGUCUUCAUCUCCCACCUCAACAAUGUGGAGUGCCGUGAGGGUGACAAUGCGCACUUCGAGUGCAGGGUCGAACCUUCCCGAGACCCCACCAUGAAAAUUGAAUGGUUUAUCAAUGGGAAGCCUAUGCAGGCUGCGGCUCGAUAUGCAUCCACUUAUGACUUCGGAUUUGUGUCCCUGGACUGCACCCAUUGUUACGCCGAGGACUCCGGUAUCUACAUGUGCCGUGCCACCAAUUCAAAGGGUUCAGCCUCCACCACUGGCACACUGAAGUGCCUAAGCAAGGCCAAUCUCUACUUCGACACCCAGCACCCGCAGGGCAGAGCUGGCCUUGAGAAGGUGGAAGAAGCUGAGCGUGCCUACUGGGCCAAAUACCAGAGGCAGAUGUCUGAACGGGAAGUCACCUACCCGAAGCCCUUCUUUGUCAGGCCUCUGCAGACCAAUUUCUCUCUCAAUGAGAACCAGGCUCUGCAUAUGGAGGCAAACGUUGAGCCCAAGCAAGACCCAGAUCUUAAGAUUGAGUGGUUCUUGAACGGCAAGGUCCUAGAACAGGCCUCACGCUUCAAGACUAGCUACGACUUCGGCCUUGUCACCCUCGACCUUAACGAUGCUUAUGAACGUGACCAGGGUAUAUACACCUGCCGUGCCUUCAAUAAGGCUGGAGAGGCAUACUGCACAUCUACAGUUGUGGUGGGCAGCAAGGAGGCGCUCAUCGAGAGCACUCAGCACCCUGCUGGAGAGGCUGGUCUUGAAGCCAUCCAGCGCAUGGAGGAGAAGAACCUGCGUCGCGCUGAUCGUGAGUUACCAGAUGAAGAAGGUCACCCACCGGUCUUCACUACACCAUUCAAGGAUUUGAGUAACUUGGAAGAGGGCGAGAUUGCUCACUUCGAGGCGAUGCUUACUCCUGUGGGUGAUCAAUCCAUGAGAGUAGAAUGGUUCUUCAAUGGGGAGCCUCUCAAAGCCUCCCACAGAGUCCGAACUGUUUAUGCUUUCGGAAUGGUUGUACUCGAGAUCCUAGGAACGAAGAUCUCAGAUAGUGGAGAAUACACUUGCCGUGCAUCUAACAAGUGGGGAAAAGCAGAAUGCUCCGUCACCCUGGAAUGUGUUGACCGCGCCCAUGGACAACCCCCGAAGUUCACCACUCACAUUCAGAGCUUGGAAGGCCUUAAGGAUGGCGAUUCUGCUCACUUUGAGUGUACUCUAAUUCCUAUUGGUGAUCCUAAGAUGAAGGUAGAAUGGUUCCACAAUGGCGAGCCUUUACGUAAUGCUACUCGUAUCAAAACUGUCAGUGACUUUGGCUUUGUAGUCCUGGACAUUGCCUAUUUACAAAAUCAUGAUGCUGGAGAAUGGUUAUGUAAGGCUUCUAACAAAUAUGGUGAAGACACAACUAAAGCUUACCUUAACUGUUUCGGAAUGGGAGGUGUUUACACUGAAUCACUACAGCCCGCGUCUCUUGAUAAGAUUGCUGCUCUAGAGGGUCACAAGACAACACUUAAGGCUCCUACAUCGCCUUCAGCAGCUGAGCCACCUAAAUUCAUAACACAGAUUACCAACGUUGAGAGACUGGUAGAAGGCCAGAGUGCCCACUUUGAAGCUCGUCUGAAGCCCGUAAACGAUCCCAACCUUGUUGUGGAAUGGUAUAAAAAUGGUAAGAAACUUCCUUCUGGUCACCGUUAUAGGACCUUCCAUGACUUUGGCAUUGUUAUUCUUGACAUUCUUUAUUGCUAUGAGGAAGAUUCAGGUGAGUACGAGGCCCGGGCAGUUAACAAACUUGGUGAAGAUAAGACCACAGCCACCCUCAAGUGUCAGAGCAAAACAAAUCUUAUUCUGACACCUCAAGUUCCUAAAGGAAUGGAAGGAGGUUUACAGAAACUUCAGACACUGGAGGACUCUGCCUGGAUGCGUCGUGACUCUGUCACAUCUGAGAGGGUUGGAAUGGCACCCAAGUUCACUGUUCCCCUUAGCAACAUUGAUAGCAUGAAGGAAGGAGAAAACGCUCACUUUGAAGCUCGUCUUGUGCCCACAGAUGAUCCUCGGCUUAAGGUGGAAUGGUACUGGAAUGGCAAGCCAAUGAAAUAUAGUUCUCGCAUUCGCCAGUUCUGCGAUUUUGGCUUUGUUAUUAUGGAAAUAUCUCCUAUCUACCCUGAAGAUUCUGGUGAGUAUAUGUGUCGAGCAUAUAAUGACUAUGGUGAAGCUGUCACUAAAGCUACACUCAAAUGUGAAGGCAAGCGUUCUAUCAUACUAGAGAGUCAACUACCUAAGUCGAUGCAGAAGGGUAUGGAAAGAAUUGCUGAACUCGAGGGUCUUAUGAUUAAGACUCCUGAUUUGGGAACGCCUACCGAUGUUGGACAGGCACCUCAGUUCAUCACACAGCCUCAGGACGCGUCUAUUCAAGAAAAUUGUCUUGCGCACUUUGAGUGUCGUCUAAUGCCAGUUAACGAUCCUAACCUUCGUGUUGAGUGGUACCACAAUGGUCGUCCACUGAGUGCUGGCUCACGAAUAAAAACCAUCAAUGACUUUGGUUAUGUCAUCCUCGAGAUGGCUAACUGUUAUGGUAAGGAUGCUGGUACUUACACAUGCCGAGCAGUUAACAAGCAUGGAGAAGCAUCUGUGGAGUGCAAAUUGGUUGUCUCCAGCAAGAGCAGCAUUAUUUUGGACCCACAAGCAACUAUGAAAUUCAAGGAUUGCACUCAAUCUAUUCAGAAGCUAGAAGAUAGCAUGUACAAGAAGGAGGUCGUUACCCAAGAAGAAGAAAAGCCUUGCCCACCACGCUUUGUCACCAAUCUCGAGGAUAUCAGCGAUUUAGUUGAAGGUCAGCCCGCUCACUUUGACUGUAGAGUGGAACCUGUGGGUGAUCCCACCAUGCGCAUCGAAUGGUUCCACAAUGGCAUGCCACUUGCAGCUGGGUCACGUGUACACAUGAUGGAUGACUUCGGUUUUGUUGUGCUCGACCUGGAAUGGACAUUCGCACGCGACACUGGCGAAUAUAUAUGUCGUGCCACCAACAAAUGGGGCCAAGCUACUACUAAGGCCAUGCUCAAUGUCCGCUUUAAGCAUGGCGUUGAUCUCAGCACACAGCUCCCACAGGGCAUGACUGCUGAAAAGCUGAAGGAACUUGAACGUGGUCCUCUCACUGAGAAAUUUGAAAGUGAUGUAGAAAUGAUGCCUCCCAAGUUUACUCUUCCAAUUAAGAACCAGAGUUUACAGGAGGGCGAGCGUGCGUUCUUUGAAGCACGAGUUGAGCCUCGCACUGAUCCUUAUCUGCGCGUUGAAUGGUAUUUCAAUGGUAAACCUCUACAGUCUGGUCAUCGCUUCAGGACAAGCUUCGAGAUGGGUCACGUGACGCUGGAGCUACUUCACACCUACCCUGAAGACUCUGGUGAAUACGUUUGCCGAGCUUAUAACAAACUUGGAGAAGACUUCACAAGGGCCACACUAAAAUCUAAAGCAAGUCAGUCAGUGGUGCUCCAGUCGCAGGUUCCUAAGGGUAUGAAGAUUGGUGUGGACUUUGCUACCCAGAUGGAGGAAACACUCAAGAAGUACUGCAAGGAGGUGAUGCUGACACAGGAAGAUAUUUACGACGUAGAGAAAAGGCAGCCACCUCGCUUCGUAACACAAAUUCAGGAUGUGAAGGAUCUGAAGGAAAUGGAAGAAACCAAGUUCGAUUGUCAACUGGCUCCAGUGGGCGAUCCAAACAUGAAGGUUGAAUGGUUCUUCAAUGGACGCCCAUUGCCUUUCAAGAACCGCUUCACUCCUAUUUAUGACUUUGGCUACGUUGCGCUCAUUAUGAAUUGGGUAUUUGGCGAAGACUCAGGCGAAUACCUGUGCCGAGCAACCAACCUCUGGGGCAUGGAUGAAACGAGAGCCACUCUCAAGGCCACCGGACGCCCUGGUGUCAUCUACGACUCUCAGAUUCCUAAGGGUAUGCAGUCCCUCGAAAAGAUCAGGGAACUGGAAGCUUCCUGGCAAAUUGCUCCGGAGACCGCCGUUGAGGAGGACAAGCCACGCACCAAGCCUGAGGUACUGAAGAAGCCAGAGAGUCUAGUGGUUCAGGAAGGUGACUGGGCCAGAUUCAGCAUCCGCGUCUCUGGUCAUCCAAGACCCAGAGUAAUGUGGAUUGUCAACGGCUCCACUGCUAUGAGUGGCAACCGCUUCAAGAUAUGGUACGACGGUAUGUAUCACUUGGACAUCCCCAAGACGCGUCAGUACGAUGACGGUAAAGUGGAAGUAAUUUGUCGCAAUUCCCUUGGCGAGAGCUACGCUUCCUGCGAGCUCAAGGUGAACCCACGACAAGACGAUUACCGUGCCGUCCUCAAGAACUCGCCCAAACCUUGGUAUGACUAUGACCUCAAGAGUUACCAGAAGGAACGUCAGGAGACCGAACUCGACCGUGUCUUCGAGGAGAAGAUCGACUCUGACUACUCGAUUUUACAUGAAUCUAAAUUUGGAGAGUACAUGGCCAAACCACUUGAUAAGACUGAGGAAACUGAGUGGCAGAAGCUGGCCAGGCAGAAGAACGCUGGAGAGAAGAUAAAACAGCUUGAGGACACGCAGAGAAUAAAGACACGCAGCAGAGAUGUGCAUAUGUUCGCCUCGCCCGCAGAACAUGCAGCUCAACACUCCCUCGCUCGGGGCAUGGCCUCUCGAUAUGAAGAACAGCUCGACAGUGAGGCUGCUGACUCACAGCAGCCCACCGUACAUAAGCCGCCUAAGCGGAUCUUAAGGGACACCAAGGAAGUACGUCAUGAUGAAGCAACCUUGCUGCAGCGGGAGGCAGAGCCUUCUGAAUCCGUCGUCCAUGGCAAAGAAAUUCAUACAUCCACACAAAAACAGACGCAGAAGGAGAUCCAGGGAGAUUUAGAAAUUCACCGCAAAAUUACAGCCACAGAAAAAACGGAGAUGGAGCAUACAGGCAAAACUACCGAGCGUUUGGUCCAAGGUCCGCCUCAGAAGCCAGCUAAGCCUCCAUUCUUCACCAAAAAGAUUCAGCCUUGCCGAGCCUUUGAGAGAGAGCCAGCUCGCUUCCAGGUCGAGUUUGAUGGUGACCCCAUGCCCACAGUUCAGUGGUAUCGAGAAGACUUCCUCAUCACUAGCUCUCCAGAUUUCCAAAUUCAUACGUUUGGUGACAAGAGCAUCCUGGUAAUCCGUGAAGUAUUCCUGGAAGAUUCAGGACUGUUUGCCUGCGUGGCCGAGAAUCGCGGAGGACGAGCCAAGUGCUCUGCUAACUUAGUGGUUGCAGAACGUAAACAGAGCCGUGGAGGAGUAGUUCCACCCAGUUUCUCUCAGACCAUACAGGACACGAUAGGUAUGCCAGGAAGCCUAGUUCGACUCGAUGCAAGGAUCCACGGUACACCACCCAUCGACACAUACUGGUUGAAGAAUGGCACUAAACUUACCCAGGACAUGCAUUACAAGAUGUUAGCUGAGGAUGAUACAUACACACUGCUGAUCAUCGAGGCGGUGCCUGAAGACAGCGCUUCGUAUGAAUGUGUUGCUAUCAACAAGGCCGGUGAAGCCCGCUGCCAAGCCACAGUGGAGGUAGCUGGUCCUCGCCCCACCCAGGGCCCUGCCGCACCCGCCGGUGUUCCUCAAGCUCCUAAAAUUGUACAAAAACUAAAAUCGCAGAUUGUACAGGAAGGACAAGGCACACUCUUCGAGUGUGUCAUCACCGCUUCACCUAAACCUAAGAUUCAGUGGAUGAAGGGCAAAGCGCCAAUCAAGCAGAGUAAAUACUUCACCAUGACAGCUGAUGGUGAUCGCUACUGCCUCCGCAUCUCAGAGGCCUUCCCCGAGGACGAAGGAACCUACUUCUGCGUUGCCACUAACCCGUCUGGAAAGUGCACUGUGGAGGCGAAGCUGCAAGUAGUUCAGCCUAAGCAGGCGGAAGUGGCACCCUCUGUGGCACCUCUUGAGCCUGUAACAGUGCUGGAGGGCCAGGGAGUUCGCUUCAACACGGUGGUGGUGGGUAAACCUAUACCUGGAGUCCAGUGGUACCGUGAAGGAGCACUCAUCCCACAGUCCCGGGACUUCGAGAUGUUCAUGGAGGGUAACACGGCCGUUCUGGAUAUCAAGGAGACCUACCCGGAGGAUACUGGCACCUUCACCUGUAGGGCCACCAACAGUGCCGGCCAGGCCGAGACCUCCACCAUGCUCACGGUUAAAAGUUCAUAUACGGAGGUAGAAGAUCAUGUCCGGCUCACUCGUCGGACACAGGAGAGAGAAACCCGAAAACACCGAUGGGUUUCUCCAAGUCCUGCCAGAUGGCUAUCUCGUAGCCCAGCAAGGCCCUUCGCAGACAGUAGCAUCCCAGGAAGUGAUGAACCUCCACCAUUUGUAAGGAGAAAUGAAGAAGAACUCGAGAGAAAGAGAAGAGAGAGAGCGCCUUGGUUAGCAGAGAAAAAGGUUGAAGAUAUUGGAUCAGCUGCAUUGAAGCUCAAGAAAUCGACUAAAAUGCUGGAACCCAAGGAGCAGGAGAGGUGGACAGUUCCCAAGGUAGAACUCAAGAAAUCUCAUCAAAGGAAAUUUGCUCCAGAGGAUACCAAGCUUGAACAGGUUGAGCUCGCACACGUGGAGAAACUUAAGAAACCGCCACCAGAGACAGGCAGGGAGGAAAUCCCUGAAUCCGAUGAUGAAGACUACGAAUAUAUAUAUGUUUCUGACGGUGAAUAUGGCGAGUUCGGGGAAUAUGAGACGCCAGAAGAGGAACCAAAGAGCAAAGGAAAAGUUCCAAGAGAAAGAUACCAACGUAAACCAGUGGAAGGCAAGGAAUUAAAGGAAGGAAAGAGACUAGUACGCCGUAGAAUAAAAGUAAAACCUGAAGAAGAUAGUCAGGAGGUUCAGCUUAGGCCUGUCAGAUACGUGCCAAAGGCCCCAGAAGAUGGUGAUAAACUUAAGUUGAAACCAUUUCAGAAAGAGAAACCUGACUCAAAUGUGAUAGAAGACGAAUCUAAAACUCCUAAGUGGAGAGUUAAGAGGAUUCCUAAAAAGGACGAGGAAUUCGAAGGUGUGACACUUAAGCCUUUUAAAAUAGACAGAACAAAAGAACCAAAAUCAAUUUCAAAAGCUGAACUAGAAAGACAUGAUCAAGAAAUUUAUGUGAUGGAAGAGGCUCCUGCCGAUGAUUUACAACCGUCUGAUGAGACAAAAUACAUCGAACCAGCAAAAUUAAAGCCAAAAAUCGGUAAGCGGUUUCCAAAAGAAAAAGAAGAGCCAGAAAAGUUCAUUUUGCCCAAGGUGCAACUCAAGAAAACACCUCGACCGCAGUUUGCUCCUGAAGAAUCAAAACUUGAGACUGUGGAGCUGACGCAUGUGGAGAAGAUCAAGAAGAUAAAGUCGAAAACGGAUCAACGUGAGCAGGACUUUUUACAUGAUGAAAGCUAUGGUCCAGAGGACCUACUUAAUGGAGAACAGGUUUCUUUGGAUACUUGGGAAAAAAUAGAGCCAAUGGAAAUACAAACACAAGAAUUUAUUGAAGAGAAUGAUACCUAUCAACGUAAGUUUGAGGAGAAGCUUUCUGAAACAGUUAAAGACAGAGCUACGAAGUUUGGAAAAGGAUGGUGGAAACCAGAGGAAAAUGAGGAACAGAUCAAGUUCAAACCAGGAAAGCGUUUACCAAAACCUUUUGAAGACGAACCCGAAAAGCCUCAUUUAAAACCUUUUACAAAACAAAGGCCAAAGACAGAGGAGGAGGAAGAAGAGAAGGUGUCUUUUAUGCCUCGUAAAAGACCAUCAAAACGUAUCCCUGGUCAGGAAUCUGCAGACCUGAAACAACUUGUAGAGACCGAAAAGACCAUUCUUGAUAUUGAAGAAGGAGAGUUUGAGGAAAUUCCUAAAUCAGUAUACGAGAAUGAAAUUUCUCAGGGGGAAGAGUCCAGGCGAAAAACUAGGGCACCAAAACCAGAGGAAAAGGAGGAAGAACGAAAAGUUCCAUCUUGGAGAGUCAAAAGACUUUCUACAAAGGAAGAAGAAAAAGAAGAAGUAGUGUUAAAACCUUUCCAGAAAGAAAAGCCCGAUGAAGCAAGAUUAACUCCUAAAUCUAAGCCAGGCAAGCGAUACGAACCAAAAGAGUCUGAACCAGAAAAAAUUCCUCUUAAAUAUUACAGAAAGCCAGAAAAGGAAGAAUUUGAUGAAUUUACUGAAAUUGAUGAUAAGGUACUGGGUCAGUACGAAGAAAGCAUAGAUGAAACACAGAUGGAACCCUCCCACAUUAAGAAAACACCAGACACUCAGGAGGGAAAAUUAAAACCUCGCAAGAGACCAGAGAUUAAAACUCCUCAAAAAGAAGAAUUCAUAAUUCCUAAGGUGAUCCUUAAGAAAACUAUACCAAGAAAGUUUGUCCCGGAGGAAACCUCUCUUGAAUCAGUGAAUCUAGAACAUGUAGAAAAGAAGAAACCUGAAACUGUUAAAGAAAAACGGGAAUGGAGUCCCGUGCCAGACUAUGAAACUUACACUCCAGAUGAGCUGCCUGAGAAUGAACCUGCGGAACUUGAGAAGCCGGAUACAUUUGAACCCACCGAAAAGAUAAAGGAUGAGAAGGAAAGAGAAAAAGAUACACAUCAGCGUAAACAGAAAGAAAAGACUGAGACAAGAGAAGGCAAAAAGUUGAAAAUUGGCAAAGGUCGGUGGCCGCCAGAGGAGGAGGAAGAACAAGUGAAACUUAAGCCUGGGAAACGCUUGCCUAAACCAAAAGAAGAGGAAAUAGAAAUACCACAUCUUAAACCUAUACCCAAGAAAAAGACAGAGCAAGAGGAGGAAGGUAAAAUGCCUCUUAAGGCUGGUAAGAGACCAUCUACAGACAUUCCCGAGCGAGAACCGGUAGAAUUGGAACCUUUUAAACGCGUAGAACCAGAGUUUCCUGAUGGAGACAAGACGCAAUUAGAGGAACCUGUCAAACCUAAGCUUAAAUCGAAAAAGAAACCAGCAGGUGAACCUGACAUUCCGGAAUCAUUGGAUACAGGAGAAACUUCAUUAGAGGAUGAAAUGAAGCCAAAGAAAUUGCGAAGUAAACUAGAUAAGAAGGAAGAGGAACCAGGAACUCCUUGGAGAAUUAAAAAGGUUCCUCAAAAAGAAGAAGAAAAAGAAGAGGUUGUCUUAAAACCCUUCGGUAAGAAAAAAACAGAAGAGCCUAAACCAACUCCCAGGCCCGCAUCGGGUAGACCAUAUGAGCCAGCAAUUCACGAACCAGAGAAGACACCCCAAGAGCCAUACAGGAAGGAUGAAAUAGAAAGAGAUUAUGAGCCUGAACGAGAAAGAGAGACAGAAGGUUCAGAAAUUAUUGAAACCAUGAGGGAUAUUAUAGAAAACGAACUUCCUACUCAUCCACAGAAGGUUCAGUUAAAACCCACCAAAAGACCUAAAACAGAAAAACUUCCAAAAGAAGAGUUUUUAAUACCCAAAGUAUCAUUAAAGAAAACUGUUCCAAAGAAGUUUGUCCAAGAAGAGGAAAAACUCGAAUCAGUGGAUCUUGAACACGUUGAGAAACCACAGAAGCCUGAACUCAAGAAAGAAAAGCGGGAAUGGAGUCCUCUACCAGAUUAUGAAACAUAUUCACCAGAGGAGCUGCCUGAGAAGGAACCAGUGGAACUUGAAAGAACAGAUGUGUUUGAGCCCUCUGAAAAAACAGAAGAUUGGAAUGAACAAGAAAAAGACAAAUAUCAACGUAAGCCAAAAGAGAAGACAGAGCAGGGAGAAGAAAAGAAGCUUAAAAUUGGCAAAGGUCGGUGGCCACCAGAGGAGGAAGAAGAAGAACAAAGGAAACUUAGGCCUGGGAAACGUUGGCCUAAACCUCCCGAAGAGGAAAGGGAAACGCCACAUCUGAAACCCAUACCCAAGAAAAAGCCAGAAACAGAAGAUAAAGAGAAAAUAUCUCUGAAGCCAGGCAAGAAAUCUUCCAAAGACAUUCCAGAACGUGAACCGGUGGAAUUGGAGCCAUUUAAGCGAACUGAGCCAAAAAUUCCAGAUAAAGACGAGGUACAACUGGAGAAACCUCUCAAACCUCAACCCAGUUCUACAGAAAAACCAUCAGCAGAACCUGAAAUUCUAAAACCAGUGCAGGAGACACAGAAAGAGGAGGACGAAAAGGUAAAAUUAAAAAAGGCUAGGACAAAGCCAGAGAAAGAGGAAGAAAUUGAAGUUCCUUCAUGGAGAGGUAAACGGUUACCUCCAAAAGAAGAAGAGAAAGAGGUGGUAGAGUUAAAACCAUUCAGAAAGGAGAAACCCGCAGAACCGAAGCCAAAGCCAAAACAUAAGCCAGGUAAACCAUACGAACCCGAGAUUCCGGAACCAGAAAAGACUCCUCUUGAACCAUACACUAAACCAGAAAAAGAAAAGAUUCCUGGCGAUGAGAGUCAACCUGUUAAGCCCGAUGAUGAGGAAAAGCUAAGGACUGACGAGGCAAUUAAACCUAAAAAAGAUAAAAUUAAACCAGAUAAGGAUGAAGAAGCUGAAACACCUUCGUGGAGAGGCAAAAGGCUUCCUCCAAAGGAAGAUGAGAAAGAAGAAAUCACUUUAAAACCUUUCAAAAAAGAAAAACCAAAAGAACCAAAACCCAGUCCAAAAUUCACACCAGGUAAGCCUUAUGAGCCUGAAAUACCGGAACCAGAGAAAACUCCUCUUGAACCUUACUCGAAGCCUGAAAAGGAGAAAGAACCUGACGAGGUUUCUGAAUUUCAUAAGGAUGUAUAUCCAGAACCUGAGGAACCAGGAAAGCCUAUUGAACCAAAGUCGAGACCUGGUGAUUCUCAGAAAAUAGCACAAAAGCCGAAAAAGAGGCUUCCGAAGCUAUGGGCUCCAACAGAAGAAAAGUUUGAGAUACCAAAAGUAACACUCAGAAAAACAACUCAGAGGGUAUUUGUGCCCGAAGAAGUAACACUGGAGACUGUGGAGCUUGAGCAUGUUGAAACCCCAGAAGAACCUGAGCCUGUAAUUGAGAAGAGGGUAUGGACUCCUCCACCUGAGUAUGAAACUUAUGUUCCUGACGAAAUACCUGAUAAAGAACCUGUAGAGCUUGAGAAAUAUGAGAAGUAUGAACCUCCGGCAAAACCAAAAGAUGAAGAGGAAUCAGAAAAAGAUAAAUAUCAACGCAAACCUAAGGAUAAACCUGAGCUAGAGGAGGAAAAGAAGUUAAAGAUUGGGAAAGGUAAAUUUAAGCCUGAAGAGGAAGGUGAGGAAAUAAAAUUAAAGCCACCCAAACGUCGGCCAAAGUCUCCCGAAAAGGAAGCCGAGAAGCCACAGCUAAAACCUAUCCCGAAGAAAAAGCCACAAGAUGAAGAGAAAGAGAAGGCAGCUCGUAAGCCUGGUAAGAAACUUCCCAAAGACAUUCCUGAGCGGGAGCCAGUGGAGUUGGAACCAUUCCAACGCACUGAACCAGAGAUUCCUGAUAAAGAAAGAGAACCACUGGAGAAACCACUCAAACCUGAACCAGAACCUAAAGAAAAACCUUCAGUUGAACCCGAAGGUUUAAAACCAGUGGGAGAGAAGCCAUCCGUAGAGGAAGAACCAAAAGUUAAGAAAGAAAGAAAGAAACCAGAGAAAAAGGAAGAUGAACCUGAAGUUCCUUCAUGGAGAGGUAAACGGUUACCUCCUAAAGAAGAGGAGAAAGAAAUGGUAGAGUUAAAACCGUUCAGAAAGGAAAAACCCACAGAACCAAAGCCAAAACCCAAACAUAAGCCAGGUGAACCAUAUGAGCCUGAGAUUCUCGAACCAGAAAAGACUCCUCUUGAGCCAUACACUAAACCAGAAAAGGAAAAAGUUCCUGAUUAUGUGAGUCAACCUGUUAAGCUCGAUGAUGAGGAAAAGCUUACGCCCGACGAGGCAUUUAAGCCUAAAAAAGAUAAAAUUAAACCAGAUAAGGAUGAAGAAGUUGAAGCACCUUCGUGGAGAGGUAAAAGGCUUCCUCCAAAGGAAGAAGAAAAAGAAGACAUUAUAUUAAAACCUUUCAAAAAAGAAAAACCAAAAGAACCAAAACCCAGUCCAAAAUUCACACCAGGUAAGCCUUAUGAACCUGAAAUACCGGAACCAGAGAAAACUCCUCUCGAACCUUACUCGAAGCCUGAAAAGGAGAAAGAACCUGACGAGGUUUCUGAACUUCAUAAGGAUGUGUAUCCAGAACCUGAGGAACCAGGAAAGCCUAUUGAACCAAAGUCAAGGCCUGAUGAUUCUCAGAAAAUAGCACAAAAGCCGAAAAAGAGGCUUCCGAAGCUAUGGGCUCCAACAGAAGAAAAGUUUGAGAUACCAAAAGUAACACUCAGAAAAACAACUCAGAGGGUAUUUGUGCCCGAAGAAGUAACACUUGAGACUGUGGAGCUUGAGCAUGUUGACCCAGAAGAACCUGAGCCUGUAAUUGAGAAGAAGGUAUGGACUCCUCCCCCUGAGUAUGAAACUUAUGUUCCUGAGGAAAUACCUGAUAAAGAACCUGUAGAACUUGAGAAAUAUGAGAAGUAUGAACCUCCGGCAAAGCCAAAAGAUGAAGAGGAAUCAGGAAAAGAUAAAUAUCAACGCAAACCUAAGGAUAAACCUGAGCUAGAGGAGGAAAAGAAGUUGAAGCUUGGGAAAGGUAAAUUGAAGCCUGAAGAGGAAGGUGAGGAAAUCAAAUUAAAGCCACCCAAACGUCGGCCAAAGUCUCCUGAAAAGGAAGCCGAGAAGCCACAGCUAAAACCUAUCCCGAAGAAAAAGCCACAAGAGGAAGAGAAAGAGAAGGCAGCUCGUAAGCCUGGUAAGAAACUUCCCAAAGACAUUCCUGAACGGGAGCCAGUGGAGUUGGAACCAUUCCAACGCACUGAACCAGAGAUUCCCGAUAAAGAAAGAGAGCCACUGGAGAAACCACUCAAACCUGAACCAGAACCUAAAGAAAAACCUUCAAUUGAACCCGAAGCUCCAAAACCAGUGGUAGAGAAGCCAUCAGAAGAGGAAGAACCAAAAGUUAAGAAAGAAAGAAAGAAACCAGAGAAAAAGGAAGAUGAACCUGAAGUUCCUUCAUGGAGAGGUAAACGGUUACCUCCUAAAGAAGAAGAGAAAGAAGUGGUAGAGUUAAAACCGUUCAAAAAAGAGAAACCCACAGAACCAAAACCAAAACCCAAACAUAAGCCAGGUGAACCAUAUGAGCCUGAGAUUCCAGAACCAGAAAAGACUCCUCUUGAGCCAUACACUAAACCAGAAAAGGAAAAGGUUCCUGAUGAUGUGAGUCAACCUGUUAAGCUCGAUGAUGAGGAAAAGCUUACUCCUGACGAGGCAUUUAAGCCUAAAAGUGAUAAAAUUAAACCAGAUAAGGAUGAAGAAGUUGAAGCACCUUCGUGGAGAGGUAAAAGGCUUCCUCCUAAGGAAGAUGAAAAAGAAAAAAUUAUAUUAAAACCUUUCAAAAAGGAGAAGACAAAAGAACCAAAACCCAGUCCAAAAAUCAAACCAGGUAGGCCUUAUGAACCUGAAAUACUUGAACCAGAGAAACCUCCUUUGGAACCUUACUCGAAGCCUGAAAAGGAGAAAGUUACCGAUCAAGUUCCUGAACCUGUAAAAGAAAUAUCACCAGAGCCAAAGGUAGAAGAAAUGAAACCUGAUGAACCGGAGAAAAUACCAUCAAAGAUUAAGAAGAAAAGGCCAAAGAUGCUCCCAGCUCCGGAAGAGGAAAAGUUCGAGAUACCAAAGAUAACGCUCAAGAAAACAACGCAAAAUGUAUUUGUCCCUGAAGAAGUGACACUUGAAACUGUGGAGCUUGAGCAUGUUGAAACCCCAGAAGAACCUGAGCCUGUAAUUGAGAAGAGGGUAUGGACUCCUCCUCCUGAAUAUGAAACUUAUGUUCCUGAGGAAAUACCUGAUAAAGAACCUGUAGUGCUUGAGAAAUAUGAGAAGUAUGAACCUCCGGCAAAACCAAAAGAUGAGGAGGAAUCAGAAAAAGAUAAAUAUCAACGCAAACCUAAGGAUAAACCUGAGCUAGAGGAGGAAAAGAAGUUGAAGCUUGGGAAAGGUAAAUUUAAGCCUGAAGAGGAAGGUGAGGAAAUAAAAUUAAAGCCACCCAAACGUCGGCCAAAGUCUCCUGAAAAGGAAGCCGAGAAGCCACAGCUGAAGCCUAUCCCGAAGAAAAAGCCACAAGAUGAAGAGAAAGAGAAGGCAGCUCGUAAGCCUGGUAAGAAACUUCCCAAAGACAUUCCUGAACGGGAGCCAGUGGAGUUGGAACCAUUCCAGCGCACUGAACCAGAGAUUCCUGAUAAAGAAAAAGUCCCACUGGAGAAACCACUCAAACCUGAGCCAGAGCCUAAAGAAAAACCUUCGGUAGAACCUGAAGCUCCAAAACCAGUAGACGAGAAGCCCUCAGAAGAAGAAGAACCCAAACCUAAAAGGGAAAGAAAGAAACCAGAAAAGAAAGAGGAAGAAACCGAGGUUCCCUCGUGGAGAGGUCGGAGAUUACCACCAAAAGAGGAAGAAAAAGAACAGGUAGUUCUUAAACCUUUCAAAAAGGAGAAACCCACUGAACCAAAACCAGAACCAAAACUCAAACCAGGCAAACCAUAUGAGCCAGAAAUCCCUGAGCCAGAGAGAACUCCCCUUGAACCAUAUUCAAAACCCGAAAAGGAAAAAUCGCCGGAGCCUGAGGAGGUGCAGUUGAAGCCUAGCAAGAAACCCAAGAAGAUUAAGGAAGUCAAGCCUGAGGAACCUUUGAUUCCUGUGAUGGUGACCCCGAAGCGAGAGGAGUUUGAAGUUGAGAAGACAGAGGCUACCCGUGUUGAUGUAGAAUUGUCUGAAGUAGUAACAAAGAAAGAAACCAUUGUUAAAUCGCUGAAACGGGUUGACCAGAAGCCAAAGGAUAUUGAAGUGAUCCCUCCGUCCUUCUCUCAGUUCUUGGAACCGGUUAUUUCCAAACCUUCUCACAAAUCGGUCUUCAAGUGUGAGGUCAAGGGGUACCCUCCACCUGAAAUCAAAUGGUAUUUCAAUAGGUUUGAAAUAAUACCUAGUACCAACAGGAUUAUCUGCUACGAAAAUAAAGUAUCGACCCUCACCAUUGUUCGUACAACGGAAGAUGAUGAAGGCAUGUACUCCUGCGAAGCGGUGAACGUGGCAGGGAAGGCAACCACUAUUGCUAACUUAGUAUUAGAAGCACGAAAAGACAAGCCUCGUGGGGAGGCACCUAAGUUCCUAGAGCCAUUAAAACCACUCAAGGUUCAGCAUGGCUCAAAGACAGUGUUGGAGACUACGGUCAAGGGAAAGCCCACACCCAAAGUCCUGUGGUAUCAUCUCGAAAGGGAAAUCGCCCCAUCUUCAGAAUUUGUCCAAGAGUUUGACGCUACAACAGGGCAUGCUGCUCUUAUCAUAAGUGAAGUUUUCAUUGAUGACAAGGGGCUGUAUCGAUGUGUUGCUAUUAAUCAGCAUGGCCAAGAUGAAACUGCUGCAUAUGUUACUGUUGAAGAUAUAGAGAUGCUUGAGAAGAGUGAGCUACGUCAGGCACCGCGGAUCACUCGUCCCUUGCAGGCUCAGAUAGUAAAAGCUUCCUCUCCCCUUGACUUGAAUGCCCGCUAUGAAGCCUUCCCACCACCCACUGUCAAGUGGUAUCAUCAAAGUAAAGAACUGAAGCCGUCUCGAGAUUAUAUUAUCGAAUAUAUCGACGACGAAACGAGCCUCCAUGUUGAGGAGGUUUUCGAAGACGACAGUGGAGAGUACGAAGUCAGAGUCUUCAACGAAGUUGGAGAAGCAAGAUCUGUUGCUACAGUCAUUGUGACAAAACCUGAAGAGGUAAUUGAAAUGGAACCUCCGAAGUUCAUCAAACCGUUGCAGCCUCAGAUUGUUCCUGAAGGUGAGGUGGCCAUUCUAGAAGCAGAAGUUACUGCUAAACCACAAGCAGAAUUCAUGUGGUAUAGACAUGGUAUACAGAUAACAGCGGAUGAAGAACUGGAGGUACAGAUCACUAGUGAAAAUAAUAAAAGCUCUCUUGUUCUUGGGGAACUAUUUGAGGAUGACUCUGGUGAUUAUACAGUUUCCGCUCAAAAUCCAGUUGGCCUUGCAUCUUCAACUGCUACAUUACUUGUUGAAGGUGAAGGUGCAGAAGAAGCAGAGCCACCUUCCUUCAAUCCUCCUCUGACUCCCAUCCGUGUCAUGGAUGGAGAGGAAGUUCGCUUCUCAUGUAAAGUAACAGGUAAACCAAUGCCCAAGCUGACCUGGUUCCAGAAUGGGCGACCUAUUGGUCAUCAUCGUGAGGUGCGAUUGACACAAACUCCUGAUGGCCGUGCUGGUCUUCAGAUACUUGAAGUGUUUCCUGAAGAUGCAGGAGACUACACUUGUAUUGCAAGGAACAAGGCUGGAGAAGCAAGAACUACAGCUAAUCUUGCUGUAGAAUCCUACGAAUACCAAGCUGACUCUGAGGCUGCAACGACAACUUCAGUGUCCGAUAAAAAUGUAUUUUCUGGCCCACCAUCGGAGGAAGAUGAAACACUGGAGAUAGAGAAAGACACUGAUUCUGAGACAUCUGAGGCGGGUUCCUCGCCAUAUUUCUGCAACAGGCUAGAGGAGACAAUAGAGGUUAUCGAGGGAUCCACCGUCAGAUUGCUGGUUAAGGCUACUGGGUAUCCACGACCCACUGUCAAGUGGUAUGCAGAUGGUACCCCAGUGGAAGUAUCAGAGGCUCUCACCCUAGAGACCUAUGAGGAUGGAACUGAAGCCCUUACAAUUCCGUAUGCAGUUUUGGAUGACUGUGGGGAAUACACUUGUGAGGCUAUAAACAGGAAUGGUGUAGAUACCACUGUGACAAGAUUGGUUGUUCUUCUCCCCGAGCACACAGAGGAGACAUCAAAAUCCUAUCGCAAACCAGAAUGGGUAACACGCAUGGAAGACCUCAAGCAGGCCAUGUCAGGUGAACCUACUAAACCAAAAUUUACACAAGAAAUUGUCAACUCACGAGUACGAGAAAUGGAAACCAUUACAUUUACUGCAACCUUUAUUGGUAAUCCAAAGCCUGAGAUAACUUGGUAUCAUGAUAACAAGCUUAUUCGCCAACAUGCAUCAUAUCAGAUGAGAGUUCGCAAUGACAAGGCAAUUCUAACCAUUGUCCAAGCCAGACCUGAAGUCAAGGGAGAGUACUCAUGUCGUGCUGUCAAUUCUGUUGGUGAAGCAUUCACUAGAGCUCGGUUGGAAGUCAUUGAGCUAACGUAUGAAGAAAAGAUGAAGAUAUCUGAUGAAAGAUAUGCAGCUGUUCAAAUUCAACAUGCAGCAGAGCACAUGAAAGAAAAAGAAAGAGAACGUGCAGAGAAGCAGAGGCAGGAACACCAAGAAGCUAUGAAGAGGCUUAAACAAGAAAAAGUGGAGCGUUCACAGCAAAUAGAAAAAGAGCUAGAAGAAGCUAGGAAGAAUGUUUGGAGGCCAAAGAUUGAAGAAAAGAAAGUAAAGGUCUUUAAAACUCCCAAAGAUCGGCGAGUUGCUGAAGUAUACACAAACUGGAAAUCUCCCAUUGCCCUUGAAGAAAAUUAUCCAGAAAUUCAGCCAAGUGAAUUUGCACCAAACCAAAUCCCUGGUGUCAAGUGCUUUGUCAAGGUUUCAGAAACUUCUGUUAAGGGUGAGGAAGUUGUCCGAGAGGUUGCACCUCAGUUCUUUGAAGAUGAGCAAGUUAUCCAUGAAUUGGCUAAAGUUCAUACAAUGUUGAAGAAUAAUGUUAGGGUUAAUGAGAUUUGGUCAAUGUUCCGAGCUGGUGAGUUCAAAGCUCUUCAGCAGCCUAGCAUUCAAACUGCUCUUGUUAAGAUCUGUGAACAUAUUGGCCACCAAAGAAAUGUUUCUAUUGUACUGGCACAAGAAACUCAGGAACAGGCUGCAAAGCAUCCUGUUGGUCUCAAGGCUUUCCUACGUAUGGUCAAGCAUGCUAAAAAUAUCAAACCAGAAACUCUCUUCAAGGAAGUUAUUCCAAGGGAGAUGGGCAAGUUCUCUUCAACUACUCAGGAGCUGACCAAGGUUUCUCAGAUGAUAAACCAAGGAAUCGAAACAGAGGAGAUUAUUGCAUGCUGUCAAGCUGGAAAGCUACCAGCACUGAAGAAGCCAGAGACCCAACAACCUCUUAUCAACAUUGUGGAGAAACAUGGCCACUCAGUCAUGGUUGCACAGGUGUUGGUAGAGGAGGCUUACCGUGAUGCAAAGGAAGAGAGAGUGUUGGCAGAGAGAGCAUGGGAAGUGGUACAUGAGCAGGAGAUGGAAAUGGCUCAGGUAUCCGAGAUCAAGACAGAACUUCCCAAGGUAGACGUAGCAACUAUAUCAUCUGUUGAGAUACUUCAGUCGGCAUCUUCAUCAAAGGUUGAAGUCAAAGCUAAGGAAAGCCGGGAAAUCCAGAAGAUGAUUGAAUCCACUCAAGAAUCUGAGGUUAUAUCCUCGGAGUCCAUUUCCACUCCUUCGACAGAAUGGAGCGAAACCACAGAAAUAACAAUGGAGCAUACUUCCGUCCUAGAAAAAAGCGAACCAAGAAAAGAGAAAGCAAAAGCCAUUAUAGCUGACGAUGUUAAAGACUCUUUAACUAUAACGGAAAGUCAUACAGAAGAACAGACAGCACCAUGGGUUAAGGAAGAAAGGAUUCACCUCAAAAAAUCAAUCAGUAUUACACCUGAUGUAGUUGCUUCUGAAUCUAUUCAAGUAACAGACACUAAGGUUGAAGAUAUGUUUGAUACGUUGAGAACUGAGAAAAGAGAGGAAGUUAAAGCAACUGUUACUGAAGAACUAAAAGACUCCUUAACCAUAACUGAAAAGAUUCCGGAAGAACAACCAACACCUUGGAGACAGGGUGAGAAGGUGCCAUUCCGAACAGAGAGUGUUAAACCAGAGCUAAUUCCUUCAGAAUCACUUCAGGUAAUUGAUACUAAGGUAGAAGACGCAUAUGCAACUCUUCAGAUUGAAAAGGGCGAACAAGUGAAGGCAACAGUUACUGAAGAACUUAAAGACUCUGUUACUGUAACUGAAAAGAUACCAGAAGAACGACCAACACCUUGGAAACAAGGUGAGAAAGUUCCAUUCAGAACAGAGAGUAUUAAACCUGAGCUGGUUCAUUCAGAGUCAAUUCAGGUUACAGAUACAAAGGUUGAAGAUAGCUAUGUUACGCUUGAGACACAAGAAAAGUCUGAAGUAAAAGCUACAGUUACCGAAGAACUAAAGGACUCUGUUACUGUAACUGAAAAGAUACCAGAAGAACGACCAACACCUUGGAAACAAGGUGAGAAAGUUCCAUUCAGAACAGAGAGUAUCAAACCUGAGCUGGUUCAUUCAGAGUCAAUUCAGGUUACAGACACAAAGGUUGAAGAUAGCUAUGUUACGCUUGAGACACAAGAGAGUUCAGAAGCGAAAGCAACAGUUACUGAAGAACUGAAGGACUCGUUAACAAUAACUGAAAAGAUACCAGAAGAACGACCAACACCUUGGAAACAAGGUGAGAAAGUGCCAUUCAGAACAGAGAGUAUUAAACCUGAGCUGGUUCAUUCAGAGUCAAUUCAGGUUACAGAUACAAAGGUUGAAGAUAGCUAUGUUACGCUUGAGACACAAGAGAGUUCAGAAGCGAAAGCAACAGUUACUGAAGAACUGAAGGACUCGUUAACAAUAACUGAAAAGAUACCAGAAGAACGACCAACACCUUGGAAACAAGGUGAGAAAGUGCCAUUCAGAACAGAGAGUAUUAAACCUGAGCUGGUUCAUUCAGAGUCAAUUCAGGUUACAGAUACAAAGGUUGAAGAUAGCUAUGUUACGCUUGAGAAACAAGAGAGUUCAGAAGCGAAAGCAACAGUUACUGAAGAACUGAAGGACUCUGUUACUGUUACUGAGAAGAUACCAGAAGAACGACCAACACCUUGGAAACAAGGUGAGAAAGUUCCAUUCAGAACAGAGAGUAUCAAACCUGAGCUGGUUCAUUCAGAGUCAAUUCAGGUUACAGACACAAAGGUUGAAGAUAGCUAUGUUACGCUUGAGACACAAGAGAGUUCAGAAGCGAAAGCAACAGUUACUGAAGAACUGAAGGACUCGUUAACAAUAACUGAAAAGAUACCAGAAGAACGACCAACACCUUGGAAACAAGGUGAGAAAGUGCCAUUCAGAACAGAGAGUAUCAAACCUGAGCUGGUUCAUUCAGAGUCAAUUCAGGUUACAGACACAAAGGUUGAAGAUAGCUAUGUUACGCUUGAGACACAAGAGAGUUCAGAAGCGAAAGCAACAGUUACUGAAGAACUGAAGGACUCGUUAACAAUAACUGAAAAGAUACCAGAAGAACGACCAACACCUUGGAAACAAGGUGAGAAAGUGCCAUUCAGAACAGAGAGUAUUAAACCUGAGCUGGUUCAUUCAGAGUCAAUUCAGGUUACAGAUACAAAGGUUGAAGAUAGCUAUGUUACACUUGAGACAGAAGAAAAGUCUGAAGUAAAAGCUACAGUUACCGAAGAACUAAAGGACUCUGUUACUGUUACUGAGAAGAUACCAGAAGAACGACCAACACCUUGGAAACAAGGUGAGAAAGUUCCAUUCAGAACAGAGAGUAUCAAACCUGAAUUAGUUCAUUCUGAACCAAUUCAGGUCAUUGACACGAAGGUAGAAGAUACCUAUGUUACUCUAGAAACACAAGAGAGUUCACAAGUAAGAGCAACAGUUACUGAAGAUCUUAAAGAUUCGUUAACGAUAACAGAGAAAAUACCUGAAGAACAACCAACACCUUGGAGACAAGGUGAAAAAAUUCCGUUUAGAACAGAGAGUAUUAAACCUGAGCUGGUUCAUUCAGAGUCAAUUCAGGUUACAGACACAAAGGUUGAAGAUACAUAUGUUACACUUGAGACACAAGAAAAGUCUGAAGUGAAAGCAACAAUUACCGAAGAACUAAAGGACUCUGUUACUGUUACUGAGAAGAUACCAGAAGAACGACCAACACCUUGGAAACAAGGUGAGAAAGUUCCAUUCAGAACAGAGAGUAUCAAACCUGAGCUGGUUCAUUCAGAGUCAAUUCAGGUUACAGACACAAAGGUUGAAGAUAGCUAUGUUACGCUUGAGACACAAGAGAGUUCAGAAGCGAAAGCAACAGUUACUGAAGAACUGAAGGACUCGUUAACAAUAACUGAAAAGAUACCAGAAGAACAACCAACACCUUGGAGACAAGGUGAGAAGGUUCCAUUCAGAACAGAGAGUAUUAAACCUGAGCUGGUUCAUUCAGAGUCAAUUCAGGUUACAGAUACAAAGGUUGAAGAUAGCUAUGUUAUGCUUGAGACACAAGGGAGUUCAGAAGCGAAAGCAACAGUUACUGAAGAACUUAAAGACUCAUUAACGGUAACUGAGAAAAUACCAGUAGAACAGCCGACACCUUGGCAGCAGGGUGAGAAAAUACCUCUCAAAACUGAAAGCAUCAAGCCUGAGUUAGUCCCAUCAGAGCCUAUUGAAGUCACGGACACAAAAACUAUUGACUGUGUUAGUUUCCAGAAAGAAGAAAGUGAGGAAGUUAAAGCAAUAGUUACAAAGGAUGUUAAAGAUUCUGUUACUGUUACUGAGAGACUUUCUGAAGAGCAACCAUAUCCUAUGAAGAAACCCCAAAGAGUUACAGCAGACUCUGCUCAGCAUAUGCUUAUGGUAAUGGAACAUGAUUCAAUUUCUGUGACUGAAGUUUAUGCUAAAGAAGGUGGUACUCACUUUGAGGCUGAAAAAGCAGAAGUACAAAAAGCCACUGGGAAAUUGGAACCAUUAGAAGCUCUUACCACGACUGACCAACGAAGCGAGGAAUACUUUUCUCAGCUCUCUGAUAUGUUGAAGUCGACGGAAAAGGCUACUGUUUUGGAUCAAGAUACAAAACAUACAUUAGAAGUUACUGAGCAAGUCGCUCAUGAAAGUAUUGGUGAUCUGAAGAAAAUAGAUCGUGUGUAUGAAAAUCUUAAGUGUGGUGUCAUUGGCCAAAACGCUGCGUUGACACAGGAAAUCUGGGUUCAUGAUGCAGAAGAGACAUAUGAAUCGAAGGCUCCUAAAACAGCCUUUACAAAGCAAUCAACAGUUACAAAGGAGUCAGAAGCGGUGAUUAUUGCAGAACCAAAAUUAGAAGAAGAUACUGUGCAGUGGGAAAAACGUGAAGAUUUAUUAGAAAAAGCGAAGCCAAACGUUCAAGAACUAAGACACAUCCAAGUUUCCGAAACCUUUAAAGCAGACAAAGAGGAUAUUUUCACCCAACCCACAGCUUUGAAACAACAAGGAAAACCUUCGGAAGUCCAGCCCUUAGAAGCUCUUACGGUUCAAGGUCAUGAUGUGCAAGAAGAUGCUGCAUCAUGGAAGUCUCGUGUUGACAAAGAACAGAGAGCUAGAGCGUCUAUUUUAGAAAAUAUGCCUCUAAAUGUCUUGGAACUUCAACAACAUGAUUCAAUUAAAGAAUAUAAAGUAGAUAAACCAUUCGAAGCACAUGCAACCCAAAUGGAGGGAAAAAGAGAAGCUUUGGCUGUGUCCGAAGUUAAGGCUGUGUCUCCUGUUCGUGAGAUUUCGAAGACUGAAACAAAGCAAGAGCAUGCUGAGGUUAUUCAUGCAAAGAAUACUUCUGUGGUGAUUUCAUCAUCUGAAGUUCAAGAGAGUGAAGCACCUUUGAAAAUCCAACGUCCAGUGGCAGUACAUGCAGAUGGACUAGAUUUUGAUGCUUACCAUUCAUUAACAAUUGCAGACACUGAGGUUCAGUUACCAGUUGAUAUUCUAAGCAAGCCAGAGCUUUUAACUGGGACAGCAAAGACAAGCUUUAUUCCACAAAAAGCAUUGGAAAUCUUAGAAUCUCAGACUCACCAAAAAGAGCAGGAAUUCCAGCCAACCAAGGCUGCAGAUGUGAAGUUGGAGGGGAAAGUUGAAUGUAGUGAGUAUUCUCUUGAAGUCAGAGAAACCAAAGCUCAGUCGCCCAUCAGGGAUCUGAAAGAAAGAAAACCUGAUUUAGAUGUGGCUAGUGCAUCCCUUAUUCCACAAAAGUCUGUGAAGGUUUCAGAAGUUUCGGUAAGCUACAAGGAAGAAGAAUUUAAAGAAACUCCCAGAUAUUCACACACAGCAACAUCAGAACAACUUCCUGGUCAUCACCCUCUUCAUGUAACUCAGAGCAAUGUUCAGGAUAGCACAAUAGAUUUCCAGCCUCUUGUUCCCCAAGAAGAAGUUGCAUCUAUGGAUCUUAAGGGUUUCCAUGCAGCAGCUGUCACUGAAGUCCAUGCCGAACAAGGUGAAGAGGUAUAUAAGCCUGACAAGCUUCCAUUCACUACUGCCAAAUCUGAUCUUGUAGAGGGUAUGCAGCCUAUUAUAACCGAAGAAGUGUGUACCUCUUCCUCUGUGCAGGACUUCUCUGUUCCUGACUUACCAAAAUCUAGAGAAGCUACCAAAGGGUUUGAAGAAAAGAAAGCUGUAUCCAUUCAUGAAACUGAUACUCAUGAAAAGGAAGGACCAUUUUCUGAAACAAAACCUUUACAGAUACAGUUACAAUCCAAGAUUAAUGGCGGGCUAGAGCCCCUCCUCAUAACUGAAGUAGAAAGUGAAGAAUCUACUGGUAACGUUGUACCAAAAUCAGUACCUACCAUGGAGAGCGCAAGGAUUGAACUCACACAUUCUACAAAGGUUGCAUUGUCAUCUGGUGUCCUUAUAAACGAGCGAGAGGGUUGGCACGAAGAAACUAAACCAGAAGUCCAGAAAGCCGAAGGUAUUAUUAGUGAAGAUGAAGCAAUUACAGUAUCAGAAACUCUUCUACAAUCAGGAACUGAAGAACUUUUGAUAGCACCUAUUCCAAAGACUGAGGAGGGAACAGGCUCAUUAGUUCCGUCAAAGACAGCAACCGUCUCGGAAGUUAUUCUUCAUGAGAAAGAAGGAAUUCACAAAUCCAGCACCUAUUCGACAGUCUCUUUGCAGGGUCAAACACAACCUCCUAAUCUACCCUUAAUUGUGCAAGAAACGCGCACCGAAUCUAGCGUGACUGAAAUGGCAGACCAAAAGGUUCAACCCUCUGAGUCUGCAUCAGUAUCACUUAUUGCACACCAGAUUGCCUCUGCCUCAGAUGUUGGGGUGAGUGAGAAAGAAGGCAUAUACAAACAGGUUAAACCAAAGGAAGAUCUUGCUAGUGUAGAAUAUGAAAGUGAAAAGGCUCCUAUACAGGUAAGUGAAACUCGAGCAGAAUCACCCGUGAGAGAUUUUAAAGAUAAGAAGCCACAAGAUGCACAGGCAAAACCGUAUAUCAUACCACAGAAGGCUGUUGCUGUAUCGGAAACAGAGACCAAAGAUAAGGAAGGGAUACUGAAGAUGGAAAAACCAGCAACAGUUACUCUGGAGUCUGAUAUUACCCAGCCUUUGCAUCCAGUGACAGUGUCUGAGGUGACAGCAGAUUCAAGUGUGCGUAAUCUUACUAUAGAUAAAAUAAAUGAAGAGCAAGCCGAAACAAGUCAUAUUCCUCAUCGUGUGGCAGCUGUUAGUGAGGCAAUGAUUCACUUGAAAGAAGACGAGUACCACGAAAUUAAACCAGUUCCUGUUGCACCCAAGGAAUUCCACACUCCUGGUCAUGAGUCCGUUGUAGUAACUGAAACCCGCCCUGAAUCGCCUAUUACUAGUCACGAAGAAAAGGAAGUUCCGAAGAGUAAAGCAAAAAGUGAAGUAAUUUCGCAAGAUACAGUGCAGGUACAGGAAAUCCGAGUUCAUGAGUCAGAAAGUGAUUUUGAAACUGUUGCACCAAAGCAUUCAGUUGGUGAGUCACUCAGAAUUCCGGAACAUAUUUUGGCAAUAUCUACGAGCAUCGAACCAUCAGACUGCCUUCAGAAAUUGGCUGAAGCUGAUCACAUUGUAAGUAAAACUGCAACAUUUACGGUUAAUCCACAACAAGCGGCGGAAGUGUUACAGCAUAUUGUUAGUGAAGCGGGAAAUAUAUUGAUCGAUGAGAAACAAGAAAGAAAGACAGCAAACCCAGUUAUCGAAGAAAUGCAGUCGGUGUCCGUGUCGGAAGUUAGUGCUGAAACGAAAGAACAAAAUUACAUUGCGGAAAAACCAUAUGUACACAACGUGGAAGCCAAACCAGUCAUUAUUCCCCUCCACCUUGCUAAUGUUGCCCAUCCUGAUAUUGCGGAACAGGAGGGUGACAUCCCUAAACUUGAUAUCCCUAGUACCACCCACGCUAAACUCCACUUUACUCCACACACAUCUAAACAAGUAAGUCAACAGCAACCUGAUAUACUUCCAGGCAUAUUUAAACCAGAACAACCUAUUCUGGCUACAGGUAACAUUGUAAUGGAACAGGCUACACAUGUCUCAGGCUCUCAGGAAGUUGUUGUUGAGACUGUAGCAGAAGAAGCAAUCAAAAGUACUCCACAGACUAAACAAGCACACCCUCUUUUCGAUACACAAGAAACUAUCUCUGUGAUGCAAGUGUCGGUUCUUAAUCAAACAGAACUAAUGGAAGAUGCCACCAAACCUACGCCUGCAGUCGCUCAGCCAGCUCACGUCACUCAGCAUAGUGUUCACGUCGAAGAAGUUGAUUUGCGGGAGUCCUCAUCAUCAGUUACAUUUGAAAAAACAACUGAACGAACGGCUACUACGGUGUUUGAUGAGAGAGAGCACGUUACUGUAUCGGAAGUAAAAUCGAAUGAACUUCCUAUGGACCUAAAGGAGAAAAUGAUUGAAGGAAAGGCGACACCCAUAAUAAAGCCUCAUGAAACAGUCACUGUGUCCUCUGUUACUGUGGCUGAACAUUAUGAAGAAGCCAAGCGCCAUGAACCCAAAAUGGAAAAGGCUGAGCCAGUUACAACACCACAGCAAUGUGCUUCUAUUGAAGAAACUAAAGUUCAUGAAAGCUCAGGUGAAAUAGAAAUUAAACGUCCUACAGAAGAAAGAGCUACAACUCAUGUAUCAAAACGUGAAUCUGUUAUGGUAUCAGAGGUGAAAGCAGAAGAAAAGCCAGUUUCGCUUAGGGAUAGAACUCCAUCACAGGAGAGAGCAAAGAGAGUUGUUUCUAAGCAAAAGCAUGUCAUUGUGUCAGAGAUGUCAACUGUAGAAGCUCCAGGAUUUGUUGAACACAGGAAACCUUAUGAAGACAAGGCUAAAGCAGUUUUAUCUCAAAGAGAGUCAGUUAUAGUAUCCGAGGUACGACCUGAGGAGGCUACAAGGUCCGCUAAACAAAGAACUCCUUCACAGGAACGUGCACGAAAGGUGUUGUCUCAAAAAGAGUCAUUUGUUGUCGAAGAAGUCAAAGUUCAUGAGGUACCUAAGGACCUUCCAAAAGGAAAACCCAAAUCUGAUAAAGCAAAGAAGGUGAUGUCUCAACAGGAAUCUAUUUCUGUUCAGGAAACAAGGGUUGAAGCACAUACAGGGGACCUCUCGCAAAUGAAGCCGAAAGAAGAGAAGGCCAUGCAAAUACUAACAAAUCAGUCGUCGGUGUCAGUGUCCGAAAUUUCAACUCAAGAAAUGCCUGUACAAAUGCCAGAAUAUAAACCAGAAAAAACACAUUCAGCCAAAACCAAAAUAGAUCACAGAGAGGUCGUCACAAUUUCUGAGGUGACUGCUGACGAAGUUCCUCAUAUAGUUCCUGAAGCAAAAAGGAAAACAGAAACUGCCAAUAUGAUUUUGCCAGAUACGAGAGAAACCAUCCAAAUCUCGGAAGUUUCAGCACAAGAGACUUCACAGAGUGUUGUGCAGGUAAAGACAAAGGAAGAAUAUGCUCAAAUUGUUGUUAAGCCGACUGAGUCCAUCAGUGUGUCACAGACACAAGUUCAUGAGUCUGUCGAUGAUGUUCAUGUAGCAAAUCAUAAGGAAGAAAAAGCUUUCACAAUUCUUCCACAACAGGAUUCCAUUACUGUGCAAGAGAUAACUGUGAAAGAGGCUCCACAAGAUAUGAAGGAUCACAAACCGAAAACUGAACAAGCAAAAUCUAUUUUAUCACCACGACAAUCAAUUGCAGUCGAGGAGAUUAACAUUAAAGAAAGCCCAGGAUCAGUGGAUGAAGUGAAGCCAAAGACAGAGCAAGCAAAAUCUAGUAUCUCUCCUCACGAAUCGCUAACUGUUGAAGAAGUGACGGUAAAGGAAACACAUAAAGAUAUCACCGAGACAAAACCGAAGUCACAGACAGCCACGUCGAUUUGGUCUGAGCAGGAGUCUAUUUCUGUUCAAGAAAUAUCAGUAAAGGAAGCUCCAGGAUCAGUAAAAGACGUAAAGCCGAAGACAGAGACAGCAACAUCAAUUAUUUCUCCUCACGAGUCACUUACCAUUCAAGAGAUAUCUGUAAAAGAAGCACCCGAGGAUAUUAAAGACGGAAAGCCAAAAACAGAGCGAGCCACAUCAGUCUUGUCUCCUCAAGAGUCUAUCGCUGUUCAAGAGGUGUCUGUGAAAGAGGCUCCUGGAUCAGUGAAGGAUGUAGUUCCAAAGCAGGAAAAAGCUACAUCUAUUAUUUCUACUCACGAAUCACUCACUGUUCAUGAAGUGACCGUGAAAGAGGAACCAGAGGAUAUAUCAGAUAAGAAACCGAAAACUGAACAAGCCACUUCAAUUCUAUCAGAACAGGAGUCUAUUGCUGUUGAAGAAAUCUCUGUAAAAGAAGCUCCUGGCUCAGUAAAAGAUUUGAAGCUAAAGACAGAACAAGCAGCUCCAAUUGUUUCUCCCCACGAGUCGCUUACUGUUCAAGAGGUAGCAGUAAAGGAAGCUCCUGUAGAUAUUACUGACAAGAAACCCAAGUCAGAAAAGGCAACUUCAGUUUUGUCUCAGCAAGAAUCCAUUGCUGUACAGGAAGUAUCUGUGAAAGAAGCUCCUGCUGCAAUGGAGACUGAAAUGCCAAAGACAGAGCAAGCUAAAUCAAUUAUUUCUCCUCAUCAGUCGCUCACUGUCCAAGAGGUGACAGUAAAGGAGGCGUCAGGAAACAUUAGUGAUAAAAAGCCUAAAACGGAGAAAGCAACUUCAAUAUUAUCUGAACAGGAAUCCAUAUCAGUCCAUGAAAUAUCAGUAAAAGAAGCUCCUGGCUCAAUUAAGGAUAUGAAACCCAAAACCGAGCAAGCAACGUCAGUUUUAUCCCCACAUCAAUCUCUUACCGUUCAAGAAGUGUCGGUUAAAGAAGCUUCUGAAGACUUAAGUGACAAAAAGCAAAAAACUGAAAAGGCAACCUCAGUCUUAUCUGAGCAAGAGUCUAUUUCUGUUCAAGAAGUGUUGGUAAAAGAAGCUCCUGGCUCAGUGAAAGAUGAAAAGCCAAAGACAGAACAAGCAGUUUCAAUUAUUUCUCCUCACGAAUCACUCACUGUCCAGGAAAUAUCUGUUAAAGAAGCUCCAACAGAAAUAACUGAUAAAAAACCUAAGCAAGAAAAAGCGACUUCAGUACUGUCUGAACAAGAAUCCAUCUCUGUUCAGGAAAUAUCUGUGAAAGAAGCUCCUGGGUCGAUGAAAGAUGCAAAACCAAAGACAGAACAAGCAACCUCAAUUAUUUCUCCUCACGAAUCGCUCACUGUCGAGGAAGUAUCUGUUAAAGAAGCUCCAUCAGAUUUAAGUGAUAAAAAACCAAAGACAGAAAAAGCAACUUCAGUAUUAUCUGAACAGGAAUCCAUUUCUGUUCAAGAAGUUACGGUAAAAGAUGCUACUGGUUCACUAAAAGAUGCAAAGCCUAAGACAGAACAAGCAACAUCAAUCAUUUCUCCACAUGAGUCACUAACUGUUCAAGAAAUUUCUGUUAAAGAAGCGCCAACAGACAUAAGUGAUCGAAAACCCAAAUCAGAGAAAGCAGUUUCAAUACUUUCUGAACAAGAGUCCAUUUCUGUUCAAGAAAUAUCGGUAAAGGAAGCCCCUGGUUCAGUAGAAUUAGCUAAGACAAAGACAGAACAAGCUACAUCUAUUAUUUCUCCCUACGAAUCAAUUUCCAUCCAAGAAAUAUCUGUGAAGGAAGCUCCCACAGAUUUAAGGGACAAAAAGCCGAAAUCUGAGAAAGCAACCUCAAUUUUGUCAGAACAGGAAUCGAUUGCUGUGCAGGAGGUAUCUGUGAAAGAGGCUCCAGGUUCGAUAGAGGAAUCAAAGCCUAAAACAGAACAGGCUAAAUCAUCAAUAUCUCCACACGAAUCACUUACAGUUCAAGAAGUGUUAGUGAAGGAAGCCUCAACAGAUAUCAGCGACAAGAAGCCGAAGACAGAAAAAGCGACUUCAAUAUUGUCUCAGCAGGAGUCUAUUGCUGUUCAAGAAGUGUCAGUAAAAGAAGCUCCUGGGUCAGUAGAAGAAGUUAAACCUAAAACUGAGCAAGCAACAUCUAUUCUUUCUCAACACGUAUCUCUCACUGUUCAAGAAGUAACGGUAAAGGAAGUCUCAUCAGAUAUUAGUGAUAAAAAGCCAAAGACGGAGAAAGCCACUUCCAUUCUAUCUGAACAACAGUCUAUUUCGGUUCAAGAAAUCUCUGUGAAGGAAGCUCCUGGUUCAGUGAAAGAAGAGAAGUUUAAACCAGAACAAGCUACAUCAGUAAUUUCGCCACAUGAAUCACUAACCGUUCAAGAAGUCUCGGUUAAAGAAUCUUCUGGAGAUAUUAGUGACAAAAAACCUAAAACAGAGAAAGCAACAUCAAUAUUGUCUGAACAAGAGUCGAUUGCUGUUCAAGAGAUUUCUGUGAAAGAAGCUCCAGGGACAAUGGCAGAUGUUAAACCCAAAACAGAACAAGCAACAUCUAUCAUUUCUGAGCAUCAGUCGCUUACUGUUCAAGAGAUUACCGUAAAAGAAGCUCCAACAGACAUAAGUGAUAAAAAGCCUAAACCAGAAAAGGCAACUUCAAUACUGUCUGAACAAGAAUCCAUUUCCGUACAAGAAAUAACAGUAAAGGAAGCUCCAGGCACAGUACGGGAAGAAAAGCUGAAGACAGAGCAAGCAACUUCCAUCAUUUCUCCUCACGAGUCACUUACUGUGCAAGAAGUGUCUGUUAAAGAAGCUUCAACAGACAUAACUGACAAAAAACCGAAGACUGAAAAAGCUACUUCUGUAUUUUCUGAACAGGAAUCUAUUUCUGUACAAGAAGUAUCGGUGAAGGAAGCUCCUGGCUCUGUGAAAGAUGUGAAGCCCAAGUCUCAACAAGCAACAUCCAUCUUGUCUGAACAGGAAUCCAUUUCUGUUCAAGAAAUAUCUGUAAAGGAAGCUCCUGUGUCUCUUAAAGAUUCAAAGCCAAAAACAGAACAAGCAACUUCUGUCAUUUCUCCUCUCGAAUCACUUACUGUCCAGGAAGUGUCAGUUAAAGAAGUUCCAACAGACAUUACUGACAAAAAGCCAAAGGAAGAGAAAGCAACUUCAAUUUUGUCAGAACAGGAGUCCAUCUCUGUUCAAGAAGUGUCGGUGAAGGAAGCUCCAGGAUCGAUGAAGGACGCAAAGCCAAAAACUGAACAGGCAACGUCUAUCAUUUCUGAACUCUUAUCACUAACUGUUCAGGAAGUAUCUGUGAAAGAAUCUUCAGAUGAUUUUGACGAGAAAAAACCAAAGACUGAGAAGGCAACUUCCAUUUUGUCAGAACAGGAGUCCAUCUCUGUUCAAGAAAUUUCAGUGAAGGAAGCUCCAGGUUCGAUGAAGGAUGCUAAACCAAAGACGGAACAAGCAACUUCCGUUAUUUCUCCUCACGAAUCACUGACUGUCCAGGAAGUCUCUGUUAAAGAAGCUCCGUCAGACAUAACUGAUAAGAAACCAAAGGAAGAGAAAGCAACUUCAAUUUUGUCUGAACAGGAAUCUAUUUCUGUACAAGAAGUGUCGGUGAAGGAAGCUCCAGGAUCGAUGAAGGAUGCAAAGCCAAAAACAGAACAAGCAACUUCUGUAAUUUCUCCUCACGAAUCACUUACUGUCCAGGAAGUGUCUGUUAGAGAAGUUCCCACGGACAUAACUGACAAAAAACCAAAGGAAGAGAAAGCAACUUCGAUUUUGUCUGAACAGGAAUCUAUUUCUGUACAAGAAGUGUCGGUGAAGGAAGCUCCAGGAUCGAUGAAGGAUGCAAAGCCAAAAACUGAGCAGGCAACGUCUAUCAUUUCUGAACUCUUAUCACUAACUGUUCAGGAAGUAUCGGUGAAAGAAUCUUCUGAUGAUUUUGACGAGAAAAAACCAAAAACUGAGAAAGCAACUUCCAUUCUGUCAGAACAAGAGUCCAUUUCUGUUCAAGAAAUUUCAGUAAAAGACGCUCCAGGGUCCGUGAAAGAACUGAAGCCAAAGACGGAGCAAGCUACGUCCAUUAUUUCUCCUCACGAGUCUAUAACUGUACAAGAGGUAUCUGUGAAGGAAGUUCCAGGGGAUAUCAGCGAUGUAAAGCCAAAAACAGAGAAGGCGACAUCCAUAUUGUCUGAACGGGAAUCCAUCUCUGUUCAAGAAAUAUCUGUAAAAGAAGAACCUGGAUCAAUGAAAGAUGCAAAGCCAAAGACUGAACAAGCAGCUUCUGUAAUUUCUCCUCACGAAUCAAUUACCGUCCAGGAAGUGUCUGUUAGAGAAGUUCCCACGGAUAUAACUGACAAAAAACCAAAGGAAGAGAAAGCAACUUCAAUUUUGUCUGAACAGGAGUCCAUCUCUGUUCAAGAAAUUUCAGUGAAGGAAGCUCCAGGAUCGAUGAAGGAUGCAAAACCAAAAACAGAACAAGCAACUUCUGUAAUUUCUCCUCACGAAUCACUUACUGUCCAGGAAGUGUCUGUUAGAGAAGUUCCCACGGAUAUAACUGACAAAAAACCAAAGGAAGAGAAAGCAACUUCAAUUUUGUCUGAACAGGAGUCCAUCUCUGUUCAAGAAAUUUCAGUGAAGGAAGCUCCAGGUUCGAUGAAGGAUGCAAAACCAAAGACGGAACAAGCAACUUCUGUAAUUUCUCCUCACGAAUCACUUACCGUCCAGGAAAUAUCUGUUAAAGAAGCUCCAACAGACAUAGCUGACAAAAAACCAAAGGAAGAGAAAGCAACUUCAAUUUUGUCUGAACAGGAAUCUAUUUCUGUACAAGAAGUGUCGGUGAAGGAAGCUCCAGGAUCGAUGAAGGAUGCAACACCAAAAACAGAACAAGCAACUUCUGUAAUUUCUCCUCACGAAUCACUUACUGUCCAGGAAGUGUCUGUUAGAGAAGUUCCCACGGAUAUAACUGACAAAAAACCAAAGGAAGAGAAAGCAACUUCAAUUUUGUCUGAACAGGAGUCCAUCUCUGUUCAAGAAAUUUCAGUGAAGGAAGCUCCAGGAUCGAUGAAGGAUGCAAAACCAAAAACAGAACAAGCAACUUCUGUAAUUUCUCCUCACGAAUCACUUACUGUCCAGGAAGUGUCUGUUAGAGAAGUUCCCACGGAUAUAACUGACAAAAAACCAAAGGAAGAGAAAGCGACUUCAAUUUUGUCUGAACAGGAAUCUAUCUCUGUUCAAGAAGUGUCGGUGAAGGAAGCUCCAGGAUCGAUGAAGGAUGCAAAGCCAAAAACUGAACAGGCAACGUCUAUUAUUUCUGAACUCUUAUCACUAACUGUUCAGGAAGUAUCGGUGAAAGAAUCUUCUGAUGAUUUUGACGAGCAAAAACCAAAGACUGAGAAGGCAACUUCAAUUUUGUCAGAACAAGAGUCCAUUUCUGUUCAAGAAAUUUCAGUAAAAGAAGCUCCAGGUUCCAUGGAGGAAGCAAAGCCAAAGACAGAAAAAGCUAUAUCCAUAUUAUCGGAGCAAGAAUCAAUUUCUGUUCAAGAAAUAUCAGUGAAGGAAGCUCCUGGGUCAGUGAAGGAUGCAAAGCCAAAGACAGAACAAGCAACUUCUGUUAUUUCUCCUCACGAAUCACUUACUGUCCAGGAAGUGUCUGUUAAGGAAGCUCCAACAGAGAUCAGUGACAAAAAACCAAAAGAAGAGAAAGCAACUUCAAUUUUGUCUGAACAGGAAUCCAUUUCUGUUCAAGAAGUGUCGGUGAAGGAAGCUCCAGGAUCGAUGAAGGAUGCAAAGCCUAAGACUGAGCAAGCAACGUCUGUCAUUUCUGAACUUCUGUCACUUACUGUUCAGGAAGUAUCGGUGAAAGAAUCUUCUGGCGAUUUUAGUGAUAAAAAACCGAAGACAGAGAAGGCAACUUCUAUUUUGUCAGAACAGGAAUCUAUUUCCGUUCAGGAAAUUUCUGUAAAAGAAGCUCCCAGUUCCAUGGAAGAAUCAAAGCCAAAAACAGAGCAAGCUACUACGAUUAUUUCUCCUCAUGAAUCUUUAACAGUGCAAGAGGUAUCUGUGAAGGAAGCUCCGACUGAUUUAAGUGAUAAAAAACCUCAAACUCAGCAAGCAACCUCAGUAUUAUCGCCUCAAGAAUCUAUUUCAAUUCAAGAGGUAUCAGUUAGAGAAGUUCCUGGCCAAGUGCAAGAUGCCAAGCCGAAAACGGAGCAAGCGACAUCUGUCAUAUCUCCACAUGAAUCACUUACCGUUCAGGAGAUAACAGUGAAAGAAGCUCCCAAAGAAAUAGAAGAUAUAAAACCUAAAACAGAAAAAGCAACUUCUGUGUUAUCUGAACAGGAGUCCAUAUCUGUUGAAGAAAUCUUGGUGAAAGAUGUUCCUGGGUCAAUGGAAGACUUGAAGUUCAAGACUGAACAAGCAUUCUCAGUAAUUUCCCCUCACCAGUCACUUACUGUCGAAGAGAUAACUAUAAAGGAAUCUCCGAAAGAAUUAGCAGAUGAGAAACCGAAAACGGAGAAGGCUAAAUCACUUCUGUCACCGCAGGACUCCAUUGCUGUAGAAGAGAUCACAGUUAAAGAGUCCCCAGGCGAUAUUAAAGAAGUGAAGCCAAAAUCUGAAACAGCAAAACAGGUUGUUAGCACCCAGGAAUCAGUUUCAGUUAGUGAGGUUCAAGUUGAAGGGCAGACUCAAGAAAUGGUUACUCCAAAACAGUUAAGUGAAACUGCAAAGGUUAGUUUAACAAAGAAAGAUUCUGUUCAAGUUCUGGAAGUGGCUUCAGAGCUAGCACCAGACACUAUUCCCGAAACUCGGCUAAUCGAGGAUAAGGCAAAGGUUAUUGUAACUGAAAAUCUCCAGCGUGCAGAUCAGGAAGAUGUAAUUGUCUUAAGAGGACCUACGAAAGAAAAGAAAGUAAUUGAAGUAGUAGAGGAAUCAGACGAGGAACUUGUUAAAGAAGUUUCUGAGAGAGAUGAAGAGGAAGUUGUUGAAGAAAAGAUUAAAUUAAAGCCUAAAAAGAAAAAGGUUAUCAAGGAAGAGGUUACCGAGGAAGUUACAAUCAAGAAACCAGAGGAGGUGGUUGAAGAAAUAACCAUCAAGAAACCAGAAGAGAAAAUUGAAGAAGUCACAGAGGAAGUUCAAAUAAAGAAAAAACCAAAGAAACAGACUGACGUUACAACUGAAGAAGUUACAGAAGAAGUCACAAUCAAGAAACCAGAAAAGAAGGUUCCUGAUGUCAAAGAAGAGGUAAUAAUUAAGAAACCAGAAGAAAAGAUUGAGGAAAUUACAGAGGAAGUGACCAUAAGAAAACCAGAGGAGAAGAUUGUUGAAGAAAUAACCGAGGAGGUGCAAAUUAAAAAGAAAUCCAAGAAGAAACCCGAGCCGAAAAUUGAAGAAGUGAUCGAGGAAAUCACGAUCAAAAAACCAGAAGAAAAGGUUGAAGAAGUAAUCCUGAAGAAACCAGAAGAAAAGGUGGUAGUAGAGGAGGUUACUGAAGAAGUGAUGAUCAAAGAACCAGAAGAGGUCACAGAAGAAGUAAAGAUCAAGAGGAAGCCCAAGAAGAAGCCUGAACCCAAGAUUGAAGAAGUUACUGAGGAAGUUACUCUCAAGAAACCAGAAGAAAAUGUAGUAGAAGAGGUUACUGAAGAAGUGACGAUCAAAGAACCAGAAGAGCAGGUAGUUGAAGAGGUCACAGAAGAAGUAAAGAUCAAGAGGAAGCCCAAGAAGAAGCCUGAACCUGAGACUGAAGAAGUUACUGAGGAAGUUACCAUCAAGAAACCAGAAGAAGAGGUUGUAGAAGAGGUUACUGAAGAAGUAAUGAUCAAGAGGAAACCUAAGAAGAAACCUGAACCUAAGAUUGAAGAAGUUACUGAGGAAGUUACCAUCAAGAAACCAGAAGAAAAGGUCGUUGAAGAAGAGACCAUCAAGAAACCAGAAGAAAAGGUGGUAGAAGAGGUUACUGAAGAAGUGACGAUCAAAGAACCAGAAGAGAAGGUUGUUGAAGAGGUCACAGAAGAAGUAAAGAUCAAGAGGAAGCCCAAGAAGAAGCCUGAACCUAAGAUUGAAGAAGUUACUGAGGAAGUUACCAUCAAGAAACCAGAAGAAAAGGUCGUUGAAGAAGUGACCAUCAAGAAACCAGAAGAAAAGGUGGUAGAAGAGGUUACUGAAGAAGUGACGAUCAAAGAACCAGAAGAGAAGGUUGUUGAAGAGGUCACAGAAGAAGUAAAGAUCAAGAGGAAGCCCAAGAAGAAGCCUGAACCUAAGAUUGAAGAAGUUACUGAGGAAGUUACCAUCAAGAAACCAGAAGAAGAGGUUGUAGAAGAGGUUACUGAAGAAGUAAAAAUCAAGAGGAAACCUAAGAAGAAACCUGAACCUAAGAUUGAAGAAGUUACUGAGGAAGUUACCAUCAAGAAACCAGAAGAAAAGGUCGUUGAAGAAGUGACCAUCAAGAAACCAGAAGAAAAGGUGGUAGAAGAGGUUACUGAAGAAGUGACGAUCAAAGAACCAGAAGAGAAGGUUGUUGAAGAGGUCACAGAAGAAGUAAAGAUCAAGAGGAAGCCCAAGAAGAAGCCUGAACCUAAGAUUGAAGAAGUUACUGAGGAAGUUACCAUCAAGAAACCAGAAGAAGAGGUUGUAGAAGAGGUUACUGAAGAAGUAAAGAUCAAGAGGAAGCCCAAGAAGAAACCUGAACCUAAGAUUGAAGAAGUUACUGAGGAAGUUAUCAUCAAGAAACCAGAAGAAAAGGUCGUUGAAGAAGAGACCAUCAAGAAACCAGAAGAAAAGGUGGUAGAAGAGGUUACUGAAGAAGUGACGAUCAAAGAACCAGAAGAGAAGGUUGUUGAAGAGGUCACAGAAGAAGUAAAGAUCAAGAGGAAGCCCAAGAAGAAACCUGAACCUAAGAUUGAAGAAGUUACUGAGGAAGUUACCAUCAAGAAACCAGAAGAAGAGGUUGUAGAAGAGGUUACUGAGGAAGUGACGAUCAAAGAACCAGAAGAGAAGGUUGUUGAAGAGGUCACAGAAGAAGUAAAGAUCAAGAGGAAGCCCAAGAAAAAGCCUGAACUGAAGAUUGAAGAAGUUACUGAAGAAUUCACAAUCAAAAAACCAGAGAAGGCUGCUGAAAUGGCUGAAGAAGUAAUACUUAAGAAACCAGAAGAAAAGGUUGUUGAAGAAUUUACAGAAGAGAUAAUCAUCAAAAAACCAGAAGAGAAGGUUGUUGAAGAAGUGACAGAGGAAGUUCAAAUCAAGAUGAAGCCCAAAAAGAAACCUGAGCCGAAGAUUGAAGAUGUUACAGAAGAAGUCACAAUCAAGAAAACAGAGGAAGAGGUUCCUGAAGAGGUCACUGAAGAAGUGAAAAUUAAGAGGAAACCAAAGAGGAAGCCUGAAAUUAAGACCGAAGAAAUUACUGAGGAAGUGACACUAAGGAAACCUGAUGAAAAGGUUGUUGAGGAGGUAACUCUCAGAAAACCAGAAGAGAAGAUGGAAGAGGUUACUGAGGAAGUAACAAUCAAAAAGCCAGAGGAGAAAGUUGUUGAAGAAGUAACAGAGGAAGUUCAAAUUAAAAUGAAACCGAAAAGGAAGCCUGAAUUGCAGGUCGAAGAAGUUACUGAAGAACUCACUAUUAAGAAGCCAGAAGAAGAAAUUGUUGAAGAGGUUACUGAAGAAGUUAAAAUUAAGAGGCCAAAGAAAAAAUCUGUGCUCAAGACUGAGGAAAUUAGUGAGGAAGUUGUCAUCAAGAAACCAAAAGAGAAGGUCGUUGAAGAUGUAACUGAAGAAGUGACCCUUAGGAAGCCCAGAGAAAAGAUUGAGGAAGUAACUGAAGAGGUGACCAUCACGAAGCCUGAGGAUAAAGUUGUUGAAGAAGUUACUGAGGAAGUUCAGAUAAAAAUGAAACCAAAGAGAAAGCCAAAAUUCGAGGUUGAAGAAAUUACAGAGGAGUUGACGAUCAAAAGGCCAGAAGAAAAAGUUGUUGAAGAAAUCGCAGAGGAAGUUACUCUCGAGAAACCAGAAGAAAAGGUUGUUGAAGAAGUUACUGAGGAAGUACAGUUCAAGCUAAAGCCAAGGAAGAAACCUGAACCAAAAUAUGAGGAAAUCUCUGAAGAAGUAACCAUACUGAAGAAGCCUGAAGACAAAGUAGAGGAAAUUGUUGAAGACGUUCAUAUAAAGAUGAAACGCAAAGAGAAACCUCAGGAGAAGUUUGAAGAUGUAUCAGAAGAAGUAACAAUUACAAAACCCGAAACUGUAGAGCAAGUCACUGAAGAAAUAACUGAAGAUGUGCAGAUAAAGUUGAAACCCAAGAAAAAGCCUGAUGUUAAGAGAGAAGAAGUAACUGAGGAAAUCACAAUCAUUAAGAAAGAGGAAUUAUCUGAGGAGGAAAAGGAUGAUACUUCUGAAACUGUUCAAAUUAAGAGAAAGCCAAGGAGAAAAAUUACAACAAAGGAAGAAGAAAUUACGGAAGUUACUAUACAGAAGACAAAACCAAAGGAGGAGCCUAGUGAAGAAAUAAGUGAGGAGUUCAUGCUCAAGAGACCCAAGCCUAAGCGACCAGAAGAGCCCCGAAAGGAUGUAUCAGAAGAGGUUACUAUCAAACAGGAGUCUCCUGAACCAACUAUAACUGAAGAGGUAACAGAGGAAGUCAGCAUUAGAAUGAAACCUAAGAGGAAGAAGCCAAUUAUUACUGAAGAUAUAAGUGAGGAAUUUACUUUGAAAAAACCAAGAGAGCCAGAAGAGGAGGAAGAAGAGCCUAACGAAGUGAGUGAAGAAGUCACCAUAAGGAGAAAGCCAAAGCCCUUCGUUAGAGAAACUCAAGAAAUAUCAGAAGAAGUUCAGAUGAAAUUAAUAAAACCUGAAGAUUUCACACAUGAGGAGACAACGGAAGAUGUACAAAUUAAAAUGAAGAGACCCAAGAAAAAAUAUUCAGUGACGGAGGAAACUAUUGAAUCCAAGAUGAUGAUCCAGGAGUCUGAUGAGGAAGAACCAGAAGUUAUAUAUGAAGAGGUAGAAGAUGUGGUGUUUACAAAACAGCUAAUCAAAGAUGAUAGUGAAUUUGUAGAGGAAUUUGUUCAGCUUAGAAAGAGAAAACCUAAGAAGUCAAAGGUUGUUAGAGAUGAGGGAGAAGAAACUGUGGUUAUUAGAAAGGUUAUUGACGAAACUGAUACAGGACCGAAAUAUGAGGACAUUGAAGAAUCGUUCCAGGUGAAACUGCCGAAGAAAAAGAAAUACAAGGUGGAGGAAGAAGAGGAAGUCGAGGUAGGUGUAAAAAUGUGGAAAGAACCAACAUUUGAAGUAGGGGAAGAUGUACAAGAAAGUUUCAGAAUAAAAGCUAUGGAGCCCGAAGAGGAACAAGUCGAGGAAUACGAGGACCGUGACGUUGAGGGUAAAUUCACCUUUGAUCUGCCAAGGAAACAAAUACAGAAGCGCACAGAGGAAAUUGAAACUACCCAAAAAAUCAAGCUUCCUCCCCUACCUAAACAACCUCCCGUCUUCACCCAAGAGGACGUCCAAAUGCAAAUACAGGUUGCCGCACAGUCACCAACUGAAGUGCUGGAGAUAGCACCGCCCCUCUCCGUGAAACCUGGAGACCAGCUGCGCGCUACUGCCACUUACGUAGCGGACACUACACAGGAGAACGCUAUGCAUCUAGUGGAGGGCGAGCGAGUCUAUAUUCAGGAGUCUACAAACAGCGACUGGUGGUUCGUGAGGAAACACCUGACGCUGGAACAAGGUUACGUGCCGGCCAAGCUGCUGGCUGACGAGGUCUCGUACACUCAUUACGUCCAGAAGAAACUCGAAGAGAAGAUCAACAAGCUGCCUGUCUUCGAUAAACUAAAGAAGGGUCAGAAGGCUGAGCCACCGAAAAUGGUAUCCAGAAUUGAGCCGCUAAUUGUGGUUGAUGGCCAGGAAGCCCAGUUCGUAUGUAAGAUUCAAGGCACUCCACGACCCAACAUCACUUGGUUCAGGCAGACUGCUAUCAUCAAGCCAUCAGAAGAGUUCCAGGUGUUCUAUUCUGAUGACAACACAGCAACGUUAGUGGUGAAAGAAGUCUUCCCUGAGGACGCGGGCAUGUUUACUUGCGUGGCCAAGAACCAAUGUGGCUAUGCUUCUUGUAGUGCCGAGCUGGUCGUGGAGGGUCCCAUCAGUGACCACGGCUCAGACUCAAUGGUAGCGUCUCGUCGCAGCCUAAGUAGAGAGUCUUCUGUCUGUGAUAUUAUGGAGGGUAUUCCACCAACUUUCGCCAAUAAGCCAACCGUAAAGACUGUUGAAGAGGGUUCUCAAUUGGAAAUGGAUGUACGUUUGGUGGCUAUUCCAGAGCCAGAGAUUAUCUGGAAGAAGGAUGGACAGGUCGUAUGUGAUUCUCAGCGUGUGCGCAUUGUGAAGCAAAAGGAUGUCCACGCCUACCGUUCCAUCAUUAUUAUCAAGAGUGCUAAGAAAGAGGAUGAAGGGUCAUAUGAGAUCUUGGUUAAGAAUCGCGAAGGAGAGGCCAAGAAUCAUAUUACUCUUAAAGUUACUGCACCAGAGGCUCCAGUAUUUGAAGAAAAGUUCCCGGAUCAGACAGUAGAGGCUGAGGGCACAAUCCGUCUCGUUGCCAGAAUCCGUGGUGUUCCGGCGCCUGAUGUUACUUGGAGCAGGGAUGGCAAGAAACUCAAGGUGGAGAAGAAUGUGGUCAUGACCUUCCAGGAGGAAUUAGCUGUGCUUGAAAUACGCAACGUCUUACCCAAGGAAGCCUCAGGCAAAUACACUUGCACAGCCACUAACAAAGUUGGCAAGUCUUCCCACUCGGCUAAUAUUACCGUGGGGGUCGACAUUGUUACCUUCAAGCGUGGGCUGGAAUCAUGUGUGGUAGAGGAGAACUCUGAAGUGGUACUGGAGUGUCGCACCUCGAAGGAGAAACAGUGCAAAUGGUUUAAGGGACCCACUGAGUUGAAACCAAGUAAGAACGUGGCAAUAGAGCAGGAAGGCCUCACUCACCGUCUCGUCAUCCACUCUGCCACACCAGCUGACACUGGCAAAUACAAGUGUACCUUCGACGAUCAGUCUACUUUCGCUAACCUUACCGUCAAGAGCCUUGAUGACUUCAUCGAGAAGGUUCAGGAUGUAGAGGUUCAAGAGAGAGAGCAAGCUGUCCUGCAAGUGGAAGUUACCAAUGAAAAGGCAACUGUCACUUGGCACAAGGAUGGGGAGGAAAUUACCGAGCGUCACGACCGCUUCAAGCUGGUCUCUGAAGGUAAAACUCGCAAGUUGGUGCUGAUGGAAGCCACACUAUCUGACGAGGGAGAGUACACGUGUGUCUUGGGCGACCAGGAGUGCACAGCCGAACUCACCGUCAGAGAACUUCCUGCAGAGAUAGUCAGGAAGAUGAAAGACCAAGUCGUUUCCAAAGGCAACAGGGCUACUAUGGAGGUUGAGUUGACGAAGGGUGAUGCUGUCAUUACUUGGUAUAAGGACAACAUUGAAAUUAGAUUCUCUGAUCAUAACCAGCUCUCCAUCGAUGGGAAGGUUCAGAGACUAAUGGUAUACAACUGCCAACCUGAGGACAGCGGCACCUACCGGGCUGUUGUUGGCAGGAGCGAGUGCUCUGCCACUCUCAAGGUUGAGCUUCAGGUUGAAGGAGAUUUCUCGAAGAAGCUACCAGCUCAGAUGGAUGUUAACUUCAAGACAGAUGCCACCUUCAUUGUAGAGAUUACAAAAGAGUAUGAAGUUAAAUGGUUAAGGAAUGGUGUUGAGCUGAGUUCUUCUGAAAAAUAUAUUAUAAAGAAAGAAAACAAGAAGAGGAUCCUGAUUGUUAAGUCUGUAACUCGAGAUGAUGCUUAUGAGUACUCAUGUGUCCUUGGCAACCUCAAGACCUCGUGUGUACUGAACGUUGUCCUUAUGGAGACUGCACCGAAAAUCGAGAAGGAGUACCAGAAGGUUGAAGUAGUGGUCACAAAGGGCAAGGACGCUGUGCUCAAAGUUCCAUUUACCGCUACCCCAACUCCCAAAGUCUUCUGGUACCAUAAGGGUCAGCUCCUUGAUACAGAAAAUACUCAAAAAUUGCUGCCAAGCAUAUCUGAACAUGAAGCAUCGAUCACAAUCAAGCAGGUGGAGAACUUUGACUGUGGCGAAUACAGGCUUAAACUAUGUAAUGACUGUGGUGCAGCCUAUGCCGAUUUCACCGUCAAGAUCUUAGACAAGCCUUCACAACCUGGUACACCAGAACCAAUGGAGGUGACCAACACCACUGUCACUCUACACUGGUCCGUGCCUAAGGAGGAUGGUGGCCGUGUCAUCACCAAUUAUAUUGUGGAAUACAUGAAUAAGACAGAGCAGAGCUGGGUUGUAUUCAACCAGACAGUAAAGAUAACACAGUCAACCACAGUGGUCACUAAUCUCACCACACAUGCAGAGUAUUGCUUCAGAGUGUCUGCUGUUAAUGAAAUAGGAACAUCUGAAGCGUCUAAUGCUUCGAAAUACGUUAAGGUGUGCGAGCCCAUAACAGCUGAGCCGCCGUUGGUGAAGGAGCAGCUACAAGCAAUCGUGACUGGCCUGCAUCAAGAAGUCAUCCUUCGCUGUGUCGUUACAGCAUCUCCCCCACCCAAGAUUGAUUGGCUGAAGGAUGGGAAGCCAGUUUCUGGUAUCACACGCUACGAGAACUUUACAGCCACUUUCACCAUCAAAGAAACAAUGGAAACCUCUGGCGGGAUGUAUACAUGCCGUGCCAGUAAUGAAGCUGGCAUGGCAGAAUGCUCAGCUACUGUUGUAAUUCAAGAGGCACCUAGAUUUGAGUAUGAUGAGAACCAACAAUGUCAGCGUCUUACCGUGGGAGAGAAGUGGCACGUGCCCAUCCAGGUGAUUGGUCAUCCACGGCCUAACAUUACUUGGGCCCGCAAUGACAAGGCACUUGUGUCAACGCCACAUAUCGUAAUCCACAUUGAUGAGUCAGAGGGAACGACAGAUAUCGCUAUACACAAACUAGCCCUUGAGGACUCUGCAGUGUAUACACUCACCGCUCAAAACUCCGCUGGCAGAUCACAGCUUAGCUUCAAUCUGCGCGUCGUCGAGGAAGAGAAGGAGUACCAAGUGUGCGCUCUAGAGGUGAUAGAGGAAGAAAUCAAGAGGGAGCGACCGGCUGCACCUAUGGGUCCUCUUGUUGUCAGUGACGUGAGCUCCUCUUCUCUCACACUCACAUGGCAAGCAUCACCUUAUGACGGAGGAAUGGAAAUUACAUCUUAUUAUAUUGAAAAGCUGGAGAAGACACAAAAACAGUGGAAUAAGGUUGCUGAAGUUGGUCCAGAUGUCAGAUCAUAUACAGUAACCGAAUUGUUAGAAGGGCAUGAAUACUUCUUCAGAGUGUUUGCUCUCAAUGCUCUAGGUCUAUCAGACGCCCUGGAGGUAUCAGAGACUAUCGUUCUCAAGAGUCCUUUCGACAAACCUGGACCACCUAUUGGACCCUUCGAUGUGAGCAACAUCACAGAGUCAUCACUACUACUACACUGGGACGAGCCUGACUUUGAUGGCGGCUCACCUAUAACUCACUACGUAUUGGAGAAACGCGAAUCCACUAAAAAGGCCUGGGCUAAAGUUGGCCAGACCGCAAGCACGGUUACAGAAAUGGAAGUCACUGGCUUGAAAAAGGAAACAGCAUACUACUUCAGGGUAUAUGCAUUUAAUGCAGUUGGCCAAAGUCCACCGCUGCAGCCAGAUGAGCCGAUCACAGCAGGCAAGAAGAUCACUCCACCGUCAAAGCCUAACAGUCUACAAGUCAUCGAUGUAACCACCAAAACUGUGACUCUGGCUUGGGCACCACCCACCACAACAGGAGGAGCUGAUCUUAUGGGUUACGUGAUCGAGCGACGACUUAUAUCUGAGAAGAAGUGGGAGAAAGUAGACACCGUGGACGCCUCAGUUACCCUGUACUGUGUGGAGAACCUGAGAGAAAAGUCUGAAUAUGAGUUCAGAGUAUUCGCAGAGAACCCUGUUGGCCUCAGUUUAGAGGCCGCCAUGACGGAACAAGUCAGGCUCAAGACACAUGCUACUCCUCCCUCACCGCCCACUGCACCUCUGGAGGUACGUCCCACUGGUCCUACCAGCCUGAUGAUCGAGUGGGGCGCGCCUGAGAGCGAUGGUGGAGCUCCUCUACUCGGCUAUAUCAUUGCUAUCAGAGACAUCAAGAGAACCAUGUGGAUUGAAGUUGGCCAAGUUGGAGCUAACUUCACUAGGUUACACAUUAAAGAGCUACAGGAGGAACAUGAGUACUUCGUACGUGUAUUCGCCCGCAACGAGGUGGGUACCAGCAACCCACUCGAGACCGAGGAGCCAGUCAAGGUUAUCAGACCAGCUGACUUCACGGAACUGCCUGAGGACGACAACGCCCCCUCUUUGUCGUACUCGACGACAGAGACCCUGUCAUGGAUGCGGGAGGCCGGCAUGGACGCUGAUAUCUACUCUUAUGCUCGCGGUCGUCUCCUCAAUAAGGACGAAUACUUCUUCAAAGUUUGGCACCGUGGCAUGGAGAAAUUUGACGAGAAAUAACACCGUCUUAAAUAUUUUUAUUAUAAUUCAUAAAUCAGAGUCCUUUAGUUAAGUACUGUCUUGUUAAAAAUAUAAAUUUUAUUUGUUAAUUUUUUUAUGUAUGUUACCGAAUAUGGAGAACUGUCUUCCAGUUUAUAGACAUGUCAUGGAUUGGUAUCCACUCUCAUUCCUGUUAUGGAGAAAACCCAUUUUUUUGUGCGCACUGAAGUUGUAUUUACUAUUUACUGAUGAACGUAAGAUUUUUCAGUGAUUCUCGACUAUGUUUACGGUUACGACUCCAGGCAUCCUCGUAUAUGCUGGAUGCCGGAAGCCGCAUAUAUAAAGACUUGUUCGCCAUAAGGUGUUCGGUCCUGGAAAUCCCAGUGGGAACUUUUCGAUCUGGUCUUAUAAGUAGAGUCGUCAUCAUUACCCUGAGAUGUUUACCUGUGCACCCAGUAAGAACAGACCGGGAAGAUUUCUAACUGUGAUAUUUCUUAUGGCUUAUAAUGUUAUGAUUAUGAGGUGUUACUGCUGCCUUUAUAAGCUGAGAUUCCGACCCGUGGACCAAAAUCUUGUGGCUGUACAACUCAACGACUUGAUAAGUGAAUCCAUAUUUUUGUGUACUGUAUAAAUACGUCAUUAUAUUGUCUAACCGCGACUCAGGAUUAUGUAUAAUCAUGAAUAAUAGUAUCUGAACGCGAAUGUUCAUAUGUUAGUAUAUCUACUCAACUACACAUUAUGUACGACCCUAGAUGUUUUGUUGUGAAUGUACUGUGAUAUGCAAACUUACCUAAGUCAGCCGAGUGCUUGCAAAGGAAAAUAUCUUGUUUUUUUUUUUUGUGUUACCUUAUUUAUUUUCCCAAAAUUUUGGUCUAGUUGGCUAGUCUUGGCGGUUUUUGUAGAACAGUGGCCAAACUGCUGCUGUUGAAACUUCCAUCUUAAUGGCCCGACUGCUAAAACCGCUAAGGUUUGCUAAUCAGUACUAGCAUACUAAGAGUGUCAAGUGAGUUAGGCUAUUGGCAGGUUACGAAGCUGCUGCAACUACUUCAUAUACAACCAAUCUGUGACCCAAUAGCCACUCACUUGGCUGUAAUGUUCUAGGCUUGUUGUGUAGAUUGGCAAUAAACUGUUUAGAAGAUAAA